AUGGCUAAGCCAAUAAGAGCUCUGGAAUUGUAUUAUCCACUGAUUCAGUUUUUAAUAAAAAGUAUUAUUAGGAAAUCGAUCAGUAAUUAUCCUAGAUCCGCCCUGAGAAGUUAUUCACCAUUUGCACAUCUCUCAUAAUAAACCUUGUUUGCCUCCAAAAGUUUCAUUGUAUAACCUCUGUUUUCCCUUUCUCUUGAGUAUGACAGUUGUCCCAUAAGAAAUUGAAGACAAUGCUUAUGCAAAAUUUACGGAGGGCAAACAAGGUGUAUUGUGGGAGAUGUGCAAAUGGUAAAUUAGCCAAUUACUGAUCAGCAUUUCCCCAGUAGCGAUCCCAGAAACACUUGCGAGACGCAUUUCGGCUCCAUUCCCUUCUUGUUUCAAAAAUAGCGUUAAAUCACAGCAGAAUCGAUAAAGAAUUAUCGAUAGUCAAACGCUUGAUAUCUGGUUUCUCGUACCCUGCUUAUGAACAAUGAUCUAUCAUUUUUUAUGUUAUAUCUUUUCAAUUUGCUUUACCUCUGAAUAAAGUCAUAUACUAGUGAGUGAAUAACGGUUUAAAAAUCGAAAGUACUUAGGUACUUAGUAAGAGGGUAAACAAUUUUGUCCGUACAGCAGCUUUCAUAGUUCUACACGCAAAUGGAGGCAUCCUAAAUCUCUUUGAAUAUUUUGGGAUCAAACAUUACUUACCGGCAUUUUUUUAAGGACAACAGAGGUCAUCCUUGUCAUAUUCACCGGAUGUACAUGCAAAUUUGUCAAGUUGUUGUGAGUCAUUAUUUGACUGCGUUGCACCUAAAGAAACGAAGAUACGACGAGUUAUUAAUUUAAGUCUCGAUAACCAAUAGCAACGAAACUAUUAACUAAGUACAUUUACAGAAUACAACGAAUUAUCAGCGAAGCCUCUUCAAAAUAUAUAACAAAUAGCAAAAGAAAAAUUUAAGAAAAUUUAAACACAUUUUUUUUUCUCUUUAGCCACUUGUUCCGCUUUUGUUAAUGUUGCAUCCCUCAUUUAUUCGUUUUCACUUUAAUACUAACAUUCCCUUAAACAAAUCCUCUUAAUAGACUUUUCACGAAAUGAUGCACAAAAGAGAUUUUCUGCUUAGGAUAUUGAAAAUACAAUUUAAUGUAUUUCACUAUUUAAAAAAACUAACUGUCUUAAUAGACAUAUAGUCAACUGCAAUAUCUCACCAUCUGAAAUAACAAUAAUAACCAUGUCAAUGAUGGAACUGUGUUAUAUUAAUGAUCUAAUAUCAUAAUCUUUGUGAAUUAUUCUUGUUAGAAUAACAGAAUGCAAAUAAUUGAUGUAACUUUCUUAGCCACGACUUGCUACUUAAUUGUUUUGCCACGUGCAUGUCUUAAAAUAUUUGGGCCAUAGUUUCCUAAGUGAUUCCAAUGAACAACGUUUUAACAUUGUUGUCAACUUACAUAGAUGUCAACAAGGGAAAUGCUUUUUUUCAAAACUGUUAAUAAUCCAUUUAUUGUUUCGUUCAGAUUGCUCUUCAGUUCUGGGCAGUUAUGAUGGCUGUUACGUUCACUCUCCAGUACGGAUUCAAGAGGUUUUACAAAAUUCUUCAACGACUUGAUGCACAGCUUUGCCCGCUUUUUAUUGGUUAGCUGAAAGUUAAUAUAAAUUUUGUAAGUAUGUAGAAAACAUGGUCUACCUAAUGAAACGUGCAACUUCGCUGUAGGUUCUACGAUAUUUUAAUUAUCACGGUCUGAUAGCCACUCACUUACACUGAAAUAUAUAAUAACUAUGUAAUUCGUAAUAUCCCACCCAAUUAAAUGGCUGAAAGUCCUUAUACUUCAUUAAUUUUAAGUGGAUUAGCUUUCUAGACAGUGGAACUAACUAAGAACAGUAUACUUAGUCUUAAUAUUCUUGACAUGAAGUUAUAACAGAAAUUAAGAUAAACUAACUAUAGCCAAAGAAAUUCAGUGUUCUUACAGCGGAGUGAGAAUCGGCCAAUUUGUCUGGAACAAGUCUUUGCUGGAAACUACUAAAAAAAUCGCCAAACGUAUUCCCGAAUCCAUACGCUUGUUCCUGUAAAGAUUGGAAAACAUCAUCAACAUUAUUAGUAAAACCUUCAAUUUUGCCCUUUAAAUAGAGCCUCCUCUGCAGCACCAGUGUGCACCAUUCAAAUACAUACCUUGAACAGUACUAACUACUUAUUUCAUGUUUUGUUUGUCUGUUUGAUUGGUUGGUUGCUUUUGCCAAAAUUAUGACAAAAAAAGAGAAAAUCAAUAACAAGCAGAACGAAACACUGGAAGUUUUCGCUACAGCUGUACUUAAAUAUCAUGUACAGUAAUUCGUUAUUUGAACUAGACUACUCUAAAAUUACAACCAGCGGUGGUCACAUGACCUUCAUUUUUCACAUCAGACUCAUUGUGGUUGGGAUGAAAUACAGUGGACUAUCUCUACAACGGACAUCAUAACGACCAAUACUAUGUUUCCGCCUCAAAAAAUCAGAGAAAAUGAUCUGGCCCCGGUUGUUUAAAAGAUGGAUAGCGCUAUCCAUGCACCUGAUAAAUCACUAUCCAGUGGAGAAGUAUUAGGAAAACCAAUUGCGCCAUCCAGUGGCUAGAGAAUUAUACGAUGGAUAGCGCUAUCCACCUUUUGAACAACUGGGGCCUGAAGGAAGGUAGAAAUCAACUCUCAAAUUCAGUUGGUGUCCAUUUUAUGAAGGUGGCAGUCUAAUUAACAGAAAUCCUGUGCAGAGGGGAGGAGUCUGUACAGACAUGUGUCUCAUCAAAACAACAACACUAGUUUAGCUUAACCCCAGCGAGGAUAUUGUGAUUUUCACAUAUCCUUGGUUUGAAUUUCUCUUUUUUUCUCUUUGUUUCAAGUUCAUUAUCAUUUACUCAAAACUAAUUAGAGUUGUGUCAAGGAUAAAGUGGAAGCACAAAGAGCACAUAUAUAUAACCUCACACCUAUGAAACCUUAUCCAGUUUGUCCAGCAACUGAAAUUUGAUGUCCUUUUGGAGUUCAGUCCUUGGAGAUCCAGGGAUACCAAACGAAGCAAAUUCUUGGUUUACAACCACGUGACAAGGCGGACAUGUUGGGGGUCAAAACAAUAAAAUUUUUUCUCGAAGAAUUAACUUGAAAAUAGAGUUUAGUUCCCAAAGGAGAGAAAUGCUUUUGUCCUUGAUCACCAACAUGGCCGCCCUGACGCCACGUGCAAACCACCAAUACAGUCAACUGUCUUCUAAGACCUUCUUUGGGACCGCCACUAAGUGUUUGUCUUAGAGAGAUUUCCGUCUUAUAGAGAGCUAAAUAAAGGCAGUAAAGAAAGGCAGGGACCAACGCUAGGUGUCAGUUUUACAGAGGUGUCCGUCUUGUAGAAGUGUCCGUUAUGAGAGAGUCGACUGUAUCACAUACAAUGUAUCAUAAUCACAUCAGACAAUGUCUGUACUUACGUAGCAAUGACGUGUGUCCCAUGACAAACUAGUGAGACAGUCGAACACUGUUUUUUGAGAUGCUCCUCCCUUAACAGCCAUAUUCACCACGAAGACAAUUGCCAACGUUAAAAGAACUCUUUUGUCUAAAAAAAUAUUAAAUAUAAAACAAUCAGAAUAAGAAUACUUCAUGCCAAAGCUAACUUCCCAUAAUAUAUAAGAGAGCGCCGGAAUCUCAAUGGAUGAAUCCUCUAACUUAAGCAUGCAUUCAGUAUUAUGUUCAUGAUAUAAAAAUAGAAAUCAGAGUAUUGAAAGAUUAUAGCAAAAUUAGCUAUUUCUCAAAAUUUUACUACGAUAUAUCAGGUACAUGUGGAGAAAUUAUGUUUCAAAAGCUUGAGCUUGCUAUUUGCUCUUUUUUGCCGCAAGCAAUUUUGAAGUUUUGACGGCUGAUAUUUCUUUAAAUAUUGCUUAAAAGUAUAAAAAAUUGCACGAAUUUCUGAAAUUAAAUAGUCCAUUCAAAUUAAGAGUUUAACUCUUAUCUUCCGUAUAUGUGCUAUGGAUAAAAUUGUAUGCUAAUGUGCCAUAUGUAAACAAAGUGUCACGGCUGCCAUUGAUACAAACAGUAGAAUGAUGACGUCACGUCACUAAAAUUGAUAGAUAGGAUAUUGUAAUUCCAGUAAGUUAUAAUACCAGGUCAUGAUAACAUUAGUUACUUCACAAUGACAUAAAAUGGAGGACUCUCAAGAGCGGUUCCGGGUUUCAUCUUAGGUGGAGGGGUCCAAGCUUGGUUUCCGCUUCACAACAGCCACUCAUUUCCAGCUUUCUUCGCAGCUACAAAUUAUGUUGCAGUGGUCUUAACUACAAAGAUCCUUAUAUGCAAUUCUUCAGUGGUAAUAAAUAAAUAGUCAUUAAAUUAAUAAAAAUUUGUCCGGUCUAACGGGUGCAUUAGGGGGUAGACUAAGUAAACUGACGCUAUCGUGAAACAAGCGUCACAUCUUUAUGCUGUAGGGCGGAAAUGGGUCAUCAAAACCGAGCGUUCAUUUCUUUUCGUGGUUCGCUGAUUCAUUGCCUCGGGCAAUUCUGACGUACAUUUUAGCAGUAGAAAGUGCAAUGAUAUAAUUUUUACAUUGGCAUUCAAAUCACAACAAAUAAUUUGUGAUAAAAUUGAAAUGAAGUGUCCCAAGUUCCAUUUCACCGGCCUCUAGUAAGUUAAUCCUGCUGUGAAUAUAAUAUAACUUUUACAAGUGUAAAUUGCCAGGGUGGUUAUUAUUUUCAGACUCUAUAACAACAACCAAAAUUAUUUAUAUGUUUUAUUCAGUUGAUCCCUUGUCAGUUAGGAGCAUGACAUGGAGCUUUUUCGAUGUACACUGUUAAUUUACCGCUAUCAAGAAGACGUAUAUUGUGUAAGUAUUUCCUUUUUUUUUUUUUUUCUCCAAAGUUGUGCACACGUCUUUUCAUUUUAGUUACAAGACUAGACUGGUGAAACAACAUGGUUCGUUUAACUAACAUUGUCAGAGUUUAGAAUUGAUAACAUGUCAAUUGGGCAAAAAGUUCAAUUUAAAUCAUUUUGUACAACAGGAUUCACUGAAAGGAGCUAAGUGCGUCACAACAUUUAGCCGGCAAAUUUAGUCAGCGGCAAUUGAUCACCAAAUUGAGCGAAGCAUAGAAAUAUUCGCUUAGAACAUUCAAGCAAGGUUUUUGUAACAUAGCAACUAAAAAAGAAGGCAAAGAAGGGGAAAAUUAAAGAAGGACUAAAAAUGGAUUGCGAUUGCAACUCGUUGGUUUUAAAGAAACGGCCUAAAUGAGGUUUCAAAGUUCUUAGUCUUUGUACUUUGUUACUUUAAACAUAAAGCUAGGGUGACAUCGUUCUUCGUUUAAUAACUCUGACUAGACUGGUUCAGUGACACUUCAGAAUUAAAGGUGGAAAAAAAUCACCAAAUUAUGAAAAGUAGAUGAUAACUGAGAAGAAAGUGCAAAGUUUACAAAUCGUUUACAAACCGAAUGCAAUGAUCGAAAUUGUCUUCUGGUAAAUAUGACGAGUGGCACAGACUUCAUUUUAACUCAUGGAAGUCAGGAAGAAGAGACAUUAGGCAUUUGUCUCGAUCUCCCAUACCAAUCAUUUGAUUUAAAAAAUUGCUAUAUUUUCUGCUUUUUAAAAGUAUUUUUCAGUUAACCAUCAUUUCAAAGACUUUUAUUUUCAGGAGACAUAAACAUUUAUCUAAGGGAAUCAUAGUCAAAGCAUAAUCUAUAAACUAUAAAACGCUUUCACUUACCCAUGAUACUUUAAAUAUUCUUGAUUCUCUUGUCGAAUAAUAUUUAUCUCUCUCAAAUUCAACUUCUUUGUUGUUCCUCAGAAAGGUGUGGGUCGACGAUUUGAGCUUAACCAUGGUCAAGAAUUCUCUUUUAUACUUUAGAACAGCGGAUGUUAAAGGAUUUUUUCCAUUAGUAUCUAGACUUGAUUUCAUCAUCGAGUCUUAUUUCGAUUGUCAUCUUCUAAAAGAACCGUUCUUAGGGCUUUGUACUAGAUAUUUUCUUCCUUGUUAAAUCGAUUGCCAGUGGGGGAAUUAAUAUCUUGUAUUUUUUUCCUGUUCCUAAGUGACUUUUUAUAACUCAAAUGCAACCAUGCGAUAAAUUAGUUUAACUUUCCCAUUGGCAGCUGUCCGUAAAUGAAUUGAAAAUACCUUUGGGAAAUGUCUAACACAAUUUCCUUUAUAAUGUUUUUGAGUCAAUUACAAAGCUCUCGUUAUAUAACAUAGUUCCAAGAGUAUAGUCACUGCGCAUGCUCAGGCUAUGAAUGUCGAUAUCCUUUCUUAUGACUUCAAGAGUCACUCAAAUUUUAUUUAUGAUGUGAAACUCACAGAUAGAAAGUUUGGUUGUAAUUAAUUGUUACAGUUUUCUUUAACACGUAAGAACUUAAUGGGUGCAACUCUUAAAUGAUACAAUGAAUCCGGAAACAUGAUUCGAAACCGUAAAAUCGGAUAACUUUUCGAAACAAUGGUCUGCUUACACACCCCGAUUUUUUGGAUACUGCUGGGAGAUUAGUUUCAAAAUAUAAAGCUAAAAUUCAACCCCUAUUUUUAAGGUAAGCGAAUAGCACUCUUUUUUUCAAUUUUACAUGUAGUUUAUUUGUAUCUUUAAUUUUUUGCAAUCGUAUGCAAGAAAUAUCGUUAGACGUUGUCCUUUUAUUUCCUGCUUUGUCCGCCGUACUCGUGCUCGUUAUCCUUUUCGAAACCCUUUCUUGAACGCGGGCUUUAUACAUCCUUGUCAUACACGAAAUUAGGCUUGAAAACUACUUGCCUCGCCCGAACAAGGACUCACAUUUAAUUAUUAAGGAAAUAAUAUCGUCCUGCAACUAAAUUUAACUCCACGUGCUGUCAUCUCAGCUCUGUGUGAAUGGGAAGAGUUGCUGUUUAAUUCUCUGAUCAUGCUAGUAUGAAAUAUAUCUAGAGUUAUAGCUCUGAAUUUAAGGUUUUGAUACUUUUUGUGGAAACUAAACUAAUUUUAGUUAAAACUUAUCUAAAAUGUAUCCUUGCAGUAAGAAAUUAAACCAAAAUAUGAAAAUUUUGAAAACAGUCUUGAGACAUAGAAGUCUAAAUUUCUCUGCCAAAAAAGCAUAUUUCCCCUCAAUGACGUCGACUUACCAGGCACAUAAAUUUUGGAGGAAGUUCUGUAUCAGAGACCGUCGGUGCGUACAUAGAGAUAACGCAAUCCUUAAAGCACUCUUAUUCUAAAGAAAUAGCAGAGUUCAGAAUUUGUCAUAUACACGGGACAAAAAUAACGUAUCUCGUUAAUUAAAGCAACUGUUGAGUUUAUUUUCAACUAAUAUUUUCGUUCUCUUUGGGCAAUAAGAUGAAAACGAAAAAUUUUGUGACUUGUACGGCCGGAUUACAUUUAUAAGAUGUAUCUAGCUAAUUCGUUUUAAGUAUACGCGAAGUCGUCCAUUGAUGACAUUUUGCGGCAAUCAUAGAGUGCGUCAGUUAGUGCCCGACAGAAAAACUAGCGGCUAGGGAAUUUGUUGAAAACGCUUUAAGUGAUAUGGUAAACCCCAUCGGUAUUUCGAUGCAAUACCCGAGCCUUAGCCUAGCUAAGCAUAACUUCUCUUAUCAUUAAUCGACAAAGAAAAAGAGCACACUUUAUAUGGAGUUUCAACGAAGAUAAACCUUUUUACAGCUUAGUUUUUUUUGAAGACAUAUGGAGUACUACUGUCUUUCGCAUUAAGAAUAACGAGUACAGUUGAGGUAGAACUAACCUCACUGCUGCCUUGGGCAUACAAAGAGAGGAAAAUAAUUUUGUGCAAAACUAACUUUAGCUUAUGACAAAUGGGAAUCUUUAGACAAUACAUCUAAAAUAAAUGUCAUUUCAUUUUGUUCAAUAAUAGUCGAUCGCAAUCCAACAGCUCCUGGAAAAUCCAUUUGGGCCCCCCUUCGAUCAAAGAAACAGUUCCUGUUGGUUUCACCACAUUUGCUGGGUGCCAUUUUGUGCGAGUUUAAGAGAGAGUUAGGAAGAAGCUAAAUUACUAAAGUUAUACUUUCAACAGACGAUUGAAAUGCUUACUUCUGUGCUUUGAAAAUUCGAAACCCAUGGUCAGCUAUUGCCAAAGUUAUAGAAUUUGAGUUAGGGAUUGUCACACUUUAUUCAUUUCUCCCUUUAAGUUACAUGUUUUAGUACAAAUGGCUGGCGAUCACUGCAGGAGCUUUAACAAUUAAUUUCUUAACAAGCAAGUCUCCGAUACAGCAUGGUCGUGUCGUUGCAAUAAUCUCUUGGCGAGGGUGACCUAAGAUGAUACAACGCUUUCUUUACGUUUUUCACCGAAUCUGGUCUCAUCAGAUACGUACACGGCGAAGAGGACAAGAUAUUAAGAAUCAAGCCGGACAUACCAAAGAAUUGAAAUCAACAGAAGAUGAUUAUUUUCAUUGCCCAAAGACAAAAUAAAGCUGCUAUAUAACACAACUAUUAAAACAUAAUUACGAAAAUGAAUUUUAAAGCCAAAGUUCAAAGCACGAGGAAACCAUGAACCGACACUAUUCUGUGGGGUGUUAAAAAAGUCCGAAAUGAGGUUGAUGAUUUUAACAAUAUGUUUCCUGAAAUCUAACCGAAACACUCAACGUGCUUUCGAAUUCCGCAGGCUUCGAAAGAAAACCUGUCGUUGUGCGCAUGCGUUCUAGCUUACUGCUAGGACAGCGAGUUUAUAACGAACUUUCCAUGGGCCUUUUCUCCUUUCAAAAUUGAACAAAAACUCUUCUUCCUUGAUCCUUUCCUUACAAAAGAUUAAUUUUCCCCUAGGAAAUAGAAAAAUUAAGACGGCUUUGAAUUUUUAGUACAACUAUUCGAGAGGAUUCAAGCGUGAGAUUUUCUUGGAAUUAACGCUUCAUUUGCACUGCACAUGCUUUUGGAACCCUGAGGGUAAAUUCCGUGGGAAUUAAUGCAACCUUCGAGGACAGGUUGACUAUGUGGAGUGGUUUGUAUCUAUAACAUCUGAAUUUCUUUAAAUGCUUUUGCCCAUGCCUGAAUCAUCUUGAGCAUGACGGCCCUAAUGACGUUACGACGCAGGUCCACACCAUCGUCUCCCUGGUCGUUGACGUUUUUAAACAGCGAGCACUUGCAAGAGGCUUGCAUAUUACAGCUAAAAAGUACUAAAGGAUGUUAAAAAAUUCAGACGUCCUGUCGCUUUUCAUCGCCUGUCCUGAUUAAUGGUGAGUAACAAUUUCCCCUCUACAUUUUAAGGAUACAAAGGCAUCUUAUUAUCCCCCUGCAAAAAGGUUUGGUGGCAAAAAAAAAUUGAAAUAUCUGGGAACUUCCUAAAGUCUAGCUAAGAUGCAUGAUGCAGCAGCUGCAAUUUUCUGAAAUCUAUUAGUAGCAAAAUGAAUAGCAUUCCCCGUUAACCGAUAAGUGUUUUAACAAAGUUAAGAGAAAUUCCAGUUCUUUGUAACCUGGCUCGCGCGGUUUUCAUAGACAAAGAAAGCAGUGUUGGUGUUCAUAGGCUCUUGAAAAGUUUCCGUGACAUAAAAAUGUUGAGUGCUACUAACACGUACAGCUUUCUACAAAACAGCACCAGUUUCCCACUCUCCCUUGUGGGUUUGGUGGUUUCAUUUCAUAUCUUUUGUUUUUUUCCUUUUAUCAACGUCAACCAAUUAAAAUUGCAUCUCAUUUUGAGACAUCAGAAGUAUAAGGGAAAGUUGGUAAUUAGGUACGAAACCGUUUGCGUCCUUUUAAUUUUGUUUCUGACGAAAGAUCUGGGUGCAUGGCUUAAAUAUCGUAGAUUAUGGCAGCAGCAGCCCCGAAAGAUAGCAAAAGCGAUCUCAAUAGUGGGCAGUCACUGAGGCACGAGACUUUCCAAGAAUUCAGGUACCGCUUCACAAACCUUAAUACAAACAUUCACUUAACUUAACUUAGCUAACAAUCUUUAUUUAACUGCUUGCACAACUUAAAACAUGACAAAAACGUUAUCUUUUUUUCCAAAAAAGUCUUUUUCCCUUUCAUUAGUUCGGUACAUUGUACUAUGCACGUUGCGAUGUUGUAGCAUGCGCAUGCGUGGUUGUCCAGUUCAUUUCUCGGAAUUUAUGAUUCAUUACGUGCGAUACAGCUUGUAUAUCUUAAUCACUUAAGUCUUCCUUUUGUCUUGUAAUAUAGAACUAAUUAAGAGGACCACAAGUUUAUUAGUUGUCUAACUAUUUAACAAUUAUUCGUCGAGCCCGAAUGGGCUCUGAGUCAAUAGGGCUAUUGACUCAGAGGCCAUGAGGGCGAGACUUGAACUUUAUUAUUCGGACUCAAUUUCACGAUAUACAAUGAUCCGCAAUGCUUACUAGACAAAGUAAAUUACAGUAAUUUGUGCAUUAGAUUCGGCACAUAGAAAGUUCGACUUUUGAAACGAAGUCAUUCCGCAGUCAAAAUUCUCCUGAGGACCACUAGAACAUAAUUCAUGGGUCGACGACAUGUCGGACUUAAUUGAUUUAGACAACGUUCUUUUCUUGGAUUCAAGUGAAGGGAUUAGGUUCGGUAGAUGAAACGUCCUUUAAACUGGGCCUUAGUAGACAGAUAGCAGACAGGGGAAGGAUGACCACUUUUAGAUUCCACUGACAAAUUUCAGAAUCCAAAAAUGAGAUUUGCCACCGUGCCUCUGCUUUCAAACUCUGCAAGGAGGCAAACACCGAUUUUUAUAUAAAUUGGUACGCGAUGCGUGGAUGUGAUUCUAGUGGUCCAUUUCUUUAUAAUGGCUAAGGGUAAAAAGUAAGUAUGAGCUAACUUUGUUUAAAAAGGGUGACAAUUGAAAGUUCCAAGAACCGACAAACAUGUUGCCUCUAGUGCCCCGAACUAACUGGAGACACUUUCCAAAUUUAAGCGAGGGAGAAAACCAGUUCAUGGGAAGACAGAUUACCUGGAAAAAGGCUCUUAGAACAGAGACAGGUAACAACAAUAACUCAACCCGCCAAGCGUCGUCGCCGGGCCUUGAAUACCGGCCGGCAUUUGGUACGAGGUGAGGACUCUCACCACUGCGCCCCUCUGUUUCCCCAAUUCGGAUUAAUGUUAGUUCGCUAAUUGUCCUGCACUUAGAAGUAACUGAAAUCAGUUACAAUGCUUCUAACAUUAUAUGUCAUGAUUUUCGAGGUUCUUUCAACGCUGGGAAAAAUUUGCAGCAUUCAAUGAGACAGGGAAAUUCCCACCGUUCCCCGUUUGACUGCAACCCCGUUUCAAAAGAAGACAAUUUUAGAGCGAGCUACGGUUAUGCAACUUAUUUUGAAACUCAGUACCAAGUUUGGUCGCACCUCUCACUUUUCUGGAAAUAAGGACACAAGCAAUUCAUUCAGCUCAGCAAAGCAAUUUUAUUAUAAAUAAAAACUCUAUGCAACUACAAUACAAAAUAUUAAAUAGAGAUUUUAAAUAUUAAGGCUACCUUGUGUAACCAAAGUACACCAGAGCAAUCUCAGAAAAUUACCGUUUGUAUUCAAUAUGAAUAAUAACCAAUGGUUCUUUCAAAGAAGUAAAGUUAACAACUUUGAAUCCUGAGUUUCUAUAAGAAGUUUUUUUAUCAGCUAAGUAUUUAGUAUUAAUAUUAUAAUACUCCAGUUCUCAAAAAUACUGAUCAACUUAGUUAAAUUCAUGGGAAAUUUUUUUCUUAAUCUAAAGGCAGAUAUAGUGGUAACUUUUGAGGCUGUAGCAAACUUUUGGAAUUAAAGCUAUGGCUAUUAAAAAGAAGAACCUGCUUCCGAAAUAAAAUGCUUUCUUUAUAGAAAAUAAUAAAGAAAGAAAAACGUUCAAUUAAUCCGUUUACAAUUUUUUCUCGUACUGUAGUCACACUUCGGCUAAGUGGCCUUGCAUUGGUCAAUAACGGGUGUAAUAAGCUUAGUGUUAAAGCAGUUGUCAAAACCAGAUAUGCCUCUACUGAGCUCGUUGAGGUAAUCCAGCAAGACGAAGUUCCUUACGCGUACAGCUCUGGCUCUAGAUGGAAGACUCUAAGUGAAAAAAACGAGACAUUAUAUCAUAAUGUUGAUAGUAUCUGACAAACGCUCUGAGUAAUUAACGAUUAUUCCACGAGUGCCCGUUGGAUAUGAAUUGACUAUAAUCAUGUUUUUUGGCAACAAACGCGUGCAGAAUAAUUGUUUUAUUAAAAACGCCGACAAAAUAUCGAUAAUUCUUCCCACUUUAUUUGUAAAAACAAUCGAUUUUUAGCUUGUUUUUAAUUUUGACGCGUACAGUUGCCAUAUUUGGAGAGCAUAGUAUAAUGGCUAAGCCAAUCAGAGCUCUGGAAUUGCAUUAUCCACUGAUUCAGUUUUUAAUAAAAGGUAUUAUUAGGAAAUCGAUCAGUAAUUAUCCUAGAUCCGCCCUGAGAAAUUAUUCACCAUUUGCACAUCUCCCAUAAUACACCUUGUUUACCCCCAAAAGUUUCAUUGUGUAACCUCUGUUUUCCCUUCUCUUGAGUAUGACAGUUGUCCCAUGAGAAACUGAAGGCAAUGCUUAUGCAAAAUUUACCGAGGGCAAACAAGGUGUAUUGUGGGAAAUGUGCAAAUGGUAAAUUAGCCAAUUACUGAUCAGCAUUUCCUCAGUGGCGAUCCCAGAAACACUUGCGGGACGCAUUUCGGCUCCAUUCCCUUCUUGUUUCAAAAAUAGCGUUAAAUCACAGCAGAAUCGAUAAAGAAUUAUCGACAGUCAAAUGCUUGGUUUUUGGUUUCUCGGAGCCUGCUUAUGAACAAUGAUCUAUCAUUUUUUAUCUUAUAUCUUUUCAAUUUGCUUUACCUCUGAGUAAAGUCAUAUACUAGUGAGUGAAUGACGGUUUAAAAAUCGAAAGUACUUAGUAAAAGGGUAAUCAAUUUUGUCCGUACAGCAGCUUUCAUAGUUCUACACGCUAAUGAAGGCAUCCUAAAUCUCUUUAAAUAUUUUUGGAUCAAACAUUACUUACCGUCAUUUUUUUAAUGACAAGAGAGGUCAUCCUUGUCAUAUUCACCGGAUGCACAUGCAAAUUUGUCAAGUUGUUGUGAGUCAUUAUUUGACUGCGUUGCACCUAAAGAAGCGAAAAUACGACGAGUUAUCAACUUAAGUCUCGAUAACCAAUAGCAACGAAACUAUUAAGUAAGUACAUUUACAGAAUACAACGAAUUAUCUGCUAAGCCUCUUCCAAAUAUAUAACAAAUAGCAAGAGAAAAAUUUAAGAAAAUUUAAACACAUUUUUUUUUUAUCUCUUUAGCCACUUGUUACGCUUUUGUUAAUGUUGCAUCCCUCAUUUAUUCGUUUUCACUUUAAUACUAACAUUUCCUUAAACAAAUCCUCUUAAGGUGGCUGAACACAGUUUUGCGCGCGGUCAGCGGUAACUCGCGUGGCGGCGCGUGUUUUAAAUUAGACAAGCAAACAUGGCGGCGAAAAAAGCAGUGGUACAGAGAAGACGAUUUCUCAAAAUCUACUCAUUAAAAUUUUGUGAUAUUUGGCAGAAUUUUUCCUUUUAUCGUAUUUUAAAUAAUGAGAACUUUACAAUGGAAGUUGAGCAGACGAAUUUUAUGACACAUUUAAUAAUUACAGUACAAUUGUAUUAUUGAUUAUCUAUAAACUUGUCUGUUAAGAUUUGGUCAAAUAAGUUUCAAAUGGUAAUGAUUAAUAAUUGUAAGCUGUGUGCAAGUUUAUAGGAAAAUCUAAUGAGCGAACUUUAUGUAAACUGAGCAAAAGUGAAAUUUUAAGGUUGUAUUCAAUCGUUCAUGUUGCCAUGGAGACUACGAAAACGUCAUAUUUUACCUGUCAAUCAAAACCUUUCAUCAACGUAUUUUUCACUUGCCAAGUUUCAGCUUGUGAGCUGCAACCUUUCUCUUGCCAUGAUUUGGCAAAUAAUAUAUACUCACAAACUGCCAAAACUGUGUUCAGCCACCUUAAUAGACUUUUCACGAAAUGAUGCACAAAAGAGAUUUUCUGCUUAGGAUAUUGAAAAUACAUUUUAAUGUAUUUCACUAUUUAAAAAAACUAACUGUCUUAAUAGACAUAUAGUCAACUGCAAUAUCGCACCAUUUGAAAUAACAAUGAUAACCAUAUCAAUGAUGGAACUGUGUUAUAUUAAUGAUCUCAUAUCAUAAUCUUUGUGAAUUAUUCUUGUUAGAAUAACAGAAUGCAAAUAAUUGAUGUAACUUUCUUAGCCACGACUUGCUACUUAAUUGUUUUGCCACGUGCAUGUCUUAAAUUAUUUGGGCCAUAGUUUCCUAAGUGAUUCCAAUGAACAACGUUUUAACAUUGUUGUCAACUUACAUAGAUGUCAACAAGGGAAAGGCUUUUUUUCAAAACUGUUAAUAAUCCAUUUAUUGUUUCGUUCAGAUUGCUCUUCAGUUUUGGGCAGUUAUGAUGGCUGUUACGUUCACUCUCCAGUACGGAUUCAAGAGGUUUUACAAAAUUCUUCAACGACUUGAUGCACAGCUUUGCCCGCUUUUUAUUGGUUAGCUGAAAGUUAAUAUAAAUUUUGUAAGUAUGUAGAAAACAUGGUCUACCUAAUGAAACGUGCAACUUCGCUGUAGGUUCUACGAUAUUUUAGUUAUCACGGUCUGAUAGCCACUCACUUACACUGAAAUAUAUAAUAACUAUGUAAUUCGUAAUAUCCCACUCAAUUAAAUGGCUGAAAGUCCUUAUACUUCAUUAAUUUUAAGUGGAUUAGCUUUCUAGACAGUGGAACUAACUAAGAACAGUAUACUUAAUCUUAAUAUUCUUGACAUGAAGUUAUGACAGAAAUUAAGAUAAACUAACUAUAGCCAAAGAAAUUCAGUGUUCUUACAGUGGAGUGAGAAUCGGCCAAUUCGUCUGGAACAAGUCUUUGCUGGAAACUACUAAAAAAAUCGCCAAACGUAUUCCUGAAUCCAUACGCUUGUUUCUGUAAAGAUUGGAAAACAUCAUCAACAUUAUUAGUAAAACCUUCAAUUUUGCCCUUUAAAUAGAGCCUCCUCUGCAGCCCCAGUGUGCACCAUUUAAAUACAUAUCUUGAACAGUAGUAACUACUUAUUUCAUGUUUUGUUUGUUUGUUUGAUUGGUUGGUUGCUUGCCUGUUGCUUUUCCCAAAAUUAUAACGAAAAGAAAAGAAAUUCAAUUACAAGCAGAACGAAACACUGGAAGUUUUCGCUACAGCUGCACGUAAAUAUCAAGUACAGUAAUUCGUUAUUUCAGUAUUUCGUUAAAUCAGACUCAUUGCGAUUGGGAUCAAAGACAGUGGACUAUCUCUACAAUGGACAUCAUAACGACCAAUACUAUGUUUCCGCCUCAAAAAAUCAGAGAAAAUUAUCUGGCCCCGGUUGUCUAAAAGUUGGACAGCGCUAUCCAUGCACCUGAUAAAUCACUAUCCAGUGGAUAAGUAUUGUGAAAACCAAUUGCGCUAUCCAGUGGCUAGAGAAUGAUGCGAUGGAUAGCGCUAUCCACCUUUUGAACAACUGGGGCCUGAAGGAAGGUAGAAAUCAACUCUCAAAUUCAUUUGGUGUCCAUUUUAUGAAGGUGGCAGUCUAAUUAACAGAAAGCCGGUGCAGAGGGGAGGUGUCUGUACAGACAUGUGUCUCAUCGAAACAACAACACUGGUUUAGCUUAACCCCAGCGAGGAUAUUGUGAUUUUCACAUACCCUUGGUUUGAAUUUCUCUUUUUUUUUCUCUUUGCUUCAAGUUCAUUAUCAUUUACUCAAACUAUUUAGAGUUAUAUCUAGGAUAAAGUGGAAGCACAACGAGCACAUAUAUAUAGCCUCACACCUAUGAAACCUUAUCCAGUUUGUCCAGCAACUGAAAUUUGAUGUAUUUUUUAAGGUCAAUCCUUGGAGAUCCAGGGAUACCAAACGAAGCAAAUUCUUGGUUUUUAACCACGUGACGAGGCGGCCAUGUUGGGGGUCAAAACAAUAGAAUUUUUUCUCGAAGAAUUAACUUGAAAAUAGAGUUUAGUUCCCAAAGGAGAGAAAUGCUUUUGUCCUUGAUCACUAACAUGGCCGCCCUGACGUCACGUGCAAACCAGCAAUACAGUCAACUGUCUUCUAAGACCUCUUUGGGACCGGCACUAAGUGUACAUGUUUGUCUUACAGAGACUUUCAUCUUAUAGAAAGCUAAAUAAAAGGAGUAAAGAAAGGCGGGGACCAACUCUAGGUGUCAGUUUUACAGAGGUGUCACAUACAAUGUAUCAUAAGUCGACUGUAUCACAUACAAUGUAUCAUAAUCACAUCAGACAAUGUCUGUACUUACGUAGCAAUUACGUGUGUCCCAUGACAAACUAGUGAGACAGUCGAACACUGUUUUUUGAGAUGUUCCUCCUUUAACAGCCAUAUUCACCGCAAAGACAAUUGCCAACGUUAAAAGAACUCUUUUGUCUAAAGAAAUAUUAAAUAUAAAACAAUCAGAAUAGGAAUACUUCAUGCCAAAGCUAACUUCCAAUAAUAUAUGAGAGCACCGGAAUCUCAAUGGAUGAAUUCUCUAACUCAAGCAUGUAUUCAUGAUUAUGUUCAUGAUAUAAAAAUAGAAAUCAGAAUAUUGAAAGAUUAUAGCAAAAUUAGCUAUUUUCCAAAAUCUUAGUACGAUAUAUCAGGUACAUGUGGAGAAAUUAUGUUUCAAAAGCUUGAGCUUGCUAUUUGGUCUUUUUUGUCGCAAGCAAUUUUGAAGUUUUGACGGCUGAUAUUUCUUUAAAUAUUGCUUAAAAGUAUAAAAAUUGCAUGGAUUUCUGAAAUUAAAGAAUCCAUUCCAAUUAAGAGUUAAACUCUUAUCUUCCGUAUAUGUGCUAUGGGAUAAAACUGUAUGCUAAUGAGCCGUAUGUAAACAAAGUGUCACGGCUGCCAUUGAUACAAACAGUAGAAUGAUGACGUCACGUCACUGAAAUUGAUAGAUAGGAUAUUGUAAUUCCAGUAAGUUAUAAUACCAGGUCAUGAUAACAUUAGUUACUUCACAAUAACAUAAAAUGGAGGACUCUCAAGAGCGGUUCCGGGUUUCAUCUUAGGUGGAGGGGUCCAAGCUUGAUUUCCGCGUCACAACAGCCACUCUUUUCCAGCUUUCUUCGCAGCUACAAAUUAUGUUGUAGUGGCCUUAACUACAAAGAUCCUUAUAUGCAAUUCUUCAGUGGUAAUAAAUAAAUAGUCAUUAAAUUAAUAAAAUUUCUCCGGUCUAACGAGUGCAUUAGGGGGUAGACUGAGUAAACUGACGCUAUCGUGAAACAAGCGUCACAUCUUUAUGCUGUAGGGCGGAAAUGGGUCAUCAAAACCGAGCGUUCAUUUCUUUUCGUGGUUCUCUGAUUCAUUGCCUCGGGCAAUUCUGACGUACAUUUUAGCAGUAGAAAGUGCAAUGAUAUAAUUUUUACAUUGGCAUUCAAAUCACAACAAAUAAUUUAUGAUAAAAUUGGAAUGAAGUUUCCCAAGUUCCAUUUCAACGGCCUCUAGUAAAGAAAGUUAACGCUGCUGUGAAUAUAAUAUAACUUUUACAAGUGUAAAUUACCAGGGUGUUUAUUAUUUUCAGACUCUAUAACAACAACCAAAAUUAUUUAUAUGUUUUAUUCAGUUGAUCCCUUGUCAGUUAGGAGUAUGGCAUGUAGCUUGUCCGAUGUAUACUGUUAAUUUACCGCUAUAAAGAAGACGUAUAUUGUGUAAAUAUUUCCUAUUACUUUUUCUCCAAAGUUGUGCACACGUCUUUCCAUUUUAGUUACAAGACUAGACUGGUCAAACAACAUGGUUCGUUUGACUAACGUUGUCAGAGUUUAGAAUUGAUAACAUGUCAAUUGGACAAAACGUUCAAUUUAAAUCAUACUCUUUUGCUUUUAAUACUAUUCGAGUUUUGUACAACAUGCAGGAUUCACUGAAAGGAGCUAAGUGCGUCACAACAUUUAGCAGGCAAAUUUAGUCAGUGGCAAUUGACCACCAAAUUGAGCGAAGCAUAGGAAUAUUCGCGUAGAACUUUCAAGCAAGGUUUUUUUAACAUAGCAACUACAAAAGAAAGCAAAGAAGGGCAAAAUUAAAGAAGGAUUAAAAAUGGAUUGCCAUUGCAACUCGGUGGUUUUAAAGAAAGGGCCUAAAUGAGGUUUCAAAGUUCUCAGUCUCUGUACUUUGUUACUUCAAACAUAAAGCUAGGGUGACGUCGUUCUUCGUUUAAGAACUCUGACUAGACGGGUUCAGUGACACUUCAGAAUUAAACGUGAAAAAAAAUCACCAAAUUAUGAAAAGUAGAUGAUAACUGAGAAGAAAGUGCAAAGUUUACAAAUCAUCAAUGAUCGAAAUUGUCUUCUGGUGAAUGUCACGAGUGGCACAGACUUCGUUUUAACUCAUGGAAGUCAGGAAGAAGAGACAUUAAGCAUUUGCCUCGAUCUCCUAUACCAAUCAUUUGAUUUAAAAAAUUGCCAUAUUUUCUGCUUUUUAAAAGCAUUUUUCAGUUAACCAUCAUUUCAAAGACUUUAUUUUCAGGAGACAUAAACAUUUAUCUAAGGGAGUCAUAGUCAAAGUAUAAUCUAUAAAUUUUAAAGCGCUUUCACUUACCCAUGAUGCUUUAAAUAUUCUUGAUUCUCUUGUCGAAUAAUAUUUAUCUCCCUCAAAUUCAACUUCUUCGUUGUUCCUCAGAAAGGUGUGGGUCGACGAUUUGAGCUUAACCAUGGUCAAGAAUUCUCUUUUAUACUUUAGAACAGCGGAUGUUAAAGGAUUUUUUCCAUUAGUAUCUAGACUUGAUUUCAUCAUCGAGUCUUAUUUCGAUUGUCAUCUUCUAAAAGAACCGUUCUUAGGGCUUUGUACUACAUAUUUUCUUCCUUGUUAAAUCGAUUGCCAGUGGGGGAAUUAAUAUCUUGUAUUUUUUUCCUGUUCCUAAGUGACUUUUUAUAACUCAAAUGCAACCAUGCGAUAAAUUAGUUUAACUUUCCCAUUGGCAGCUGUCCGCAAAUGAAUUGAAAAUACCUUUGGGAAAUGUCUAACACAAUUUCCUUUAUAAUGUUUGUGAGUCAAUUACAAAGCUCUCGUUAUAUAAAAUAGUUCCAAGAGUAUAGUCACUGCGCAUGCUCAGGCUAUGAAUGUCGAUAUCCUUUCUUAUGACUUCAAGAGUCACUUAAAUUUUAUUUAUGAUCUGAAACUCGCAGAUAGAAAGUUUAGUUGUAAUUAAUUGUUACAGUUUUCUUUAACACGUAAGAACUUAAUGGGUGCAACUCUUAAAUGAUACAAUGAAUCCGGAAACAUGAUUCGAAACCGUAAAAUCGGAGAGCUUUUCGAAACAAUGGUUUGCUUACACACCCCGAUUUUUGGAUACUGCUGGGAGAUUAGUUUCAGAAUAUAAAGCUAAAAUUCAACCCCUCUUUCUAUGGUGAGUGAAUAGUACUCUCUUUUGCAAUUUUACAUGUAGUUUAUUUGUAUCUUUUUAAUUUUUUGCAAUCGUAUGCAAGAAAUAUCGUUAGACGUGGUCCUUUUAUUUCCUGCUUUGUUCACCGUACUUGUGCUCGUUAUCCUUUUCGAAACCCUUUCUUGAACGCGGGCUUUACACAUCCUUGUCAUGCACGAAAUUAGGCUUGAAAACUACUUGCCUCGCCCGAGCAAGGACUCUCAUUUAAUUAUUAAGGAAAUAACGUCGUCCUGCAACUAAAUUUAACUCCACGUGCUGUCAUCUCAGCUCUGUGUGAAUGGGAAGAGUUGCUGUUUAAUUCGCUGAUCAUGCUAGUAUGAAAUAUAUCUAAAGUUAUAGCUCUGAAUUUAAGGUUUUGACACUUUUUAUGGAAACUAAACUAAUUUUAGUUAAAACCUAUCUAAAAUGUAUCCUUGCAGUAAGAAAUUAAACCAAAAUAUGAAAAUUUCGAAAACAGUCUUGAGACAUAGAAGUCUAAAUUUCUCUUCCAAAAAAGCAUAUUUCCCCUCAAUGACGUCGACUUACCAGGCACAUAAAUUUUGGAGGAAGUUCUGUAUCAGAGGCCGUCGGUGCGUACAUAGAGAUAACGCAAUCCUUAAAGCACUCUUAUUCUAAAGAAAUAGCAGAGUUCAGAAUUUGUCAUAUACACGGGACAAAAAUAACGUAUCUCGUUAAUUAAAGCAACUGUUGAGUUUAUUUUCAACUAAUUUUUUCGUUCUCUUUGGGCAAUAAGAUGAAAACGAAAAAUUUUGUGACUUGUACGGCCGGAUUACAUUUAUAAGAUGUAUCUAGCUAAUUCGUUUUAAGUAUACGCGCAGUCGUCCAUUGAUGACAUUUUGCGGCAAUCAUAGAGUGCGUCAGUUAGUGCCCGACAGAAAAACUAGCGGCUAGGGAAUUUGUUGAAAACGAUUUAAGUGAUAUGAUAUACCCCAUCGAUAUUUCGAUGCAAUACCCGAGCCUUAGCCUAGCUAAUCAUGCCUUCUCUUACCAUUAAUCGACAAAGAAAAAGGGCACUCUUUAUAUGGAGUUUCAAUGAAGAUAAACCUUUUUACAGCUUAGUUUUUUUAAAGACAUAUGGAGUACUACUGUCUUUCGCAUUAAGAAUAACGAGUACAGUUGAGGUAGAACUAACCUCACUGCUGCCUUGGGCAUACAAAGAGAGGAAAAUAAUUUUGUACAAAACUAACUUUAGCUUAUGACAAAUGGGAAUCUUUAGACAAUGCAUCUAAAAUAAAUGUCAUUUCAUUUUGUUCAAUAACAGUCGAUCGCAAUCCAACAGCCCCUGAAAAAUCCAUUUGGGCCCCCCUUUGAUAAAAGAAACAGUUCCUGUUGGUUUCACCACAUUUGCUGGAUGCCAUUUUGUGCGUGUUUAAGAGAGAGUUAGGAAGAAGCUAGAUUAUUAAAGUUAUACUUUCAACAGACGAUUGAAAUGCUUACUUCUGUGCUUCGAACAUUCGAAACCCAUGGUCAGCUAUUGCCAAAGUUAUAGAAUUUGAGUUAGGGAUUGUCACACUUUAUUCAUUUCUCUCUUUAAGUUACCUGUUUUAGUACAAAUGGCUGGCGAUCACUGCAUGAGCUUUAACAGUUAAACUUCUUAACAAGCAAGUCUCCGAUACAGCAUGGUCGUGUCCUUGCAAUAAUCUCUUGGCGAGGAUGACCUAAGAUGAUACAACGCUUUCUUUAAGUUUUGCACCGAAUCUGGUCUCAUCAGAUACGUACACGGCGAAGAGCGUAAAAUAUUAACAAUCAAGCCGGUCAUACCAAAGAAUUGAAAUCAACAGAAAAUGAUUAUUUUCAUUGCCCAAAGACAAUAAAAAGCUGCUAUAUAACACAACUAUUAAAUCAUAAUUACGAAAAAGAAUUUUGAAGCCAAAGUUCAAAGCACGAGGAAACCAUGAACCGACCCUAUUCUGUGGGGUGUUAAAAAAGUCCGAAAUGAGGUUGAUGAUUUUAACAAUAUGUUUCCUGAAAUCUAACCGAAACACUCAACGUGCUUUCGAAUUCCGCAGGCUUCGAAAGAAAACCUGUCGUUGUGCGCAUGCGUUCUAGCUUACUGCUAGGACAGCGAGUUUAUAACGAACUUUCCAUGGGCCUUUUCUCCUUUCAAAAUUGAACAAAAACUCUUCUUCCUUGAUCCUUUCUUCACAAAAGAUUAAUUUUCCCCUAGGAAAUAGAAAAAUUAAGACGGCGUUGAAUUUUUAGUACAACUAUUCGAGAGGAUUCAAGCGUGAGAUUUUCUUGGAAUUAACGCUUCAUUUGCACUGCACCGUGCCACUGUGUUACUAAAGCUAGUAUUUUUAACGACAUGCUUUUGGAACCCUGAGGGUAAAUUCCGUGGGAAUUAAUGCAACCUUCGAGGACAGGUUGACUAUGUGGAGUGGUUUGUAUCUAUAACAUCUGAAUUUAUUUAAAAGUUUUUGCCCAUGCCUGAAUCAUCUUGAGCAUGACGGCCCUAAUGACGUUACGACGCAGGUCCGCACCUUCGUCUCCCUGGUCGUUGACGUUUUUAAACAGCGAGCACUUGUACGACUCUUGCAUAUUACAGCUAAAAAGUACUAAAGGAUGUUACAAAAUUCAGACGUCCUGUUGCUUUUCAUCGCCUGUCCUGUUUAAUGGUGAGUAACAAUUUCCCCUCUGCAUUUUAAGGAUACCAAGGCAUCUUAUUAUCCCCCUGCAAAAAGGUUUGGUGGCAAAAAAAAAUUGAAAUAUCUGGGAACUUCCUAAAGUCUAGCUAAGAUGCAUGAUGCAGCAGCUGCAAUUUUCUGAAAUCUAUUAGUCGCAAAAUGAAUAGCAUUCCCCGUUAACCGAUAAGUGUUUUAACAAAGUUAAGAGAAAUUCCAGUUCUUUGUAACCUGGCUCGCGCGGUUUUCAUAGACAAAGAAAGCAGUGUUGGUGUUCAUAGGCUCUUGAAAAGUUUCCGUGACAUAAGAAUGUUGAGUGCUACUAACACGUACAGCUUUCUAUAAAAUAGCACCAGUUUUCCACUCUCCCUUGUGGGUUUGGUGGUUUCAUUUCAUAUCUUUUGUUUUUUUCCUCUUAUCAACGUCAACCAAUUAAAAUUGCAUCUCAUUUUGAGACAUCAGAAGUAUAAGGGAAAUUUGGUAAUUAGGUAGCAAACCGUUUGCAUCCUUUUAAUUUUGUUUCUGACGAAAGAUCUGGGUGCAUGGUUUAAAUAUCGUAGAUUAUGGCAGCAGCAGCCCCGAAAGAUAGCAAAAGCGAUCUCAAUAGUGGGCAGUCACUGAGGCGUAAGACUUUCCAAGAAUUCAGGCACCGCUUCACAAACCUUAAUACAAUGAACAUUCACUUAACGUAACUUAGCUUACAAUCUUUAUUUAACCGCUUGUAGAACUUAAAAGAUGACAAAAACGUUAUCUUUUUUUUCCAAAAAUGUCCUUUUCCCUCCCAUUGGUUCGGUACACUGUACUUUGCACGUUGCGAUGUUAUAGCUUGCGCAUGCGUGAUUUUUCAGUUACAUUUCUCGGAAUUCAGGCUUCAUUACGUGCGAUACAAUUUUAUGACCGCAUAUGUAAAAUGGAAAUAAAACAGUUCCUCGUAUUUCACCUCAUCUUCGUCCAGCAGAAUCAAAUCUUAGAUCUUGAAAAUUUGUCUAAGCUCUUUUGAAGGCAGCGGCAGUGUGAAAGGUCCAGAGACAAAGAGGUUAUUAGUAAGUUCUAAUAUAUCUUCCUAAUAUUUAAAAAAGGUUUCUUGAAUUGCGUCCGAUUUCCCCUUACUUUCCAUUCGAUUUGGUGCCGGUGAAAGAGUAUAUUUCUAAGUGAAAACAGGGGAUAGGUUAGAAUGUGAAGAAUGAAUAGCUGCAGAAGAAAAAAGCAUAAAAAAAGUUGAAAAAGAAGACAUUUCAACAGCCUUAAAUGAAAAAAUGUUUAUGAAAAUAGGAAUAUUAGUCAUUCGGGAUUUCCGCGUAACGUAUAAAAUAGUUUAAUUUUGUUUGAAAAAAUCUUAUCAGAGAAUCUUGAGUCUUGUAGCAAUGAUUAUACUUUAUUAAUCAGCUGCUCUUAUUCAUUCACUCUGUCGGUCUUUCAGUUAUCAUUCUUUAUCCACCAAUCACGUAGUCACUGAACUCAGGGCCGGCUACAUCGAUGUAAGCACUCAAUGUCAGUAGUCAGUUUUAGUCAUACUACGUUAAGAAGUACUGGGACACAGAGGCAUAGUACAUCUGGGGAAGGAAGCUAUCUGCAUAAAAGAUGUGAAAAGAAAAGCAACUUUUUAGUGCAAAUUCAACAUUUAUUGUUAACUGAUAUGUUUUCUGUGGGAGGGUGAUGUGCAACUUGCUAAAUGUCUUUUUUAUAUUGUUUGGCUUAGUGGAAAGAUUGGUCAUAUUUAGGUGAUAAGUGCUAACAAGAGAAAGAGUCGAUUUGUAUGGAGCAAAGUAGUUUUUGAUCAGCAAUAGAAGGACAGCAAGCUUAAACACUCCAGGAAUUUUCAAUUCCAAGAAAGAUAGGAAGGGUACGAUGCUGUGAAAGUUUUGUACUGUAGUGCUAGAGAUAAAAUGCAUACAUACGCUAACUGGUUAUCGAUGGUUAAUUCGUUAAAUGUUCAGUUGGUUGGUUGGUUUGAAUAAUUCAUUUUAGUACCACUAUUUCUCACUUCCUAGUUAGUGAGUAAUUGUAGUGUGGUCUAUCUCUAAUGGUUGACUUUUUAGAUAAAAUGGCUAUUUAGUCUGUUUAGUGACGUGGGAUAGAGUCAGUAAUUUUGUUUGUAGCACAGCAAGGUGAUGAUUGAUUGCAACUGGUUCUUAAGUGAUAGGUUAAAAUAAAUUCCAAACCCAUGUUGACUUUUCAUUACUUUUAGUUAUUUCAUUAUGCUUUCUUUAUUUAUUGUUUCAUGUAUAUCCAGGCUAUUCAGCUGCUGGAAAGUUUUUAUAGUUAUGUUAGCAAGUGGGUUUGUAUUUUAGAUGAUGAAUUAUUAAUUAACAAUGUUGUUUUUUUAUUUGAAUUAGUUGGCGUUUUUGAAAAACUCUUUAGAUUAGCGAUGCUGUAUAAAGAGUUUCUUUGAAGUUUACACGGUUACCUGGAUUGAUACCUUUAGAUCUAUUUUAAGCCUUGGAAGUGCUAAAAGAAUCCGUUAAAAGUUGAAGUUGAAAAUACAAACAUUUAGGCAAAUUGUCUCUACUAUUAAGUCAGACAUUUCACUGACCUAUUGGCACCACAAGAGACAUUGCUUCUUUCAAUUUUGCAAUAGCUUAGCAUGCACACCAUUACUCUCAGUGCUCAGAUGUUUAGCUGGCUUAAUGAAGAGAAAACAGCACAACUGACAAUUUUUUUUUCAAGAAUUGACAGAAGAAUCACUACUAUCUGACAAGUCUAAAAAGCAGUCUUAGUGUGGUUAGUUAGAUUUUUAGAGGGACAAUAGUUUGCUCAUAAAUUUGAAUCAUAUAACAGAUCUUGCUCUUGUUCUAUUACACGCUCUAAAUGAUCCGGACGGUAAUUCAAUGAUUUUCCUAAAUAAUAGUAUAGGUAAUAGCAUGAUUUGUAGUGAUAUUUGGCAUAAAUACCACGAGUGAUAUUUCAAAAUUGUUAUACGUAAUUAAACAAUUUUGAAAUAUCACAAGUGGUAUUUAUGCCAAAUAUCAUGUACAAAUCAUGCUAUUAUUUGUUUAUACUACUACCGACAAAAGGUUUGAAAUUUUCACAUGUCGGUAUUUCAAAUUAAGCUGAAAUACCACUGCUCUAAGCCAAUCAAAUUGCAGAAAUUUCUCAUGUAGUAGUAUAACGAGAGUAAUUCAGUCAUAGUUGUUUAAAUGGAUGGUGGGAGGCUUCUGUUCAUUGGCUAUUUUUUGGUAAGUUUAUUAAUUGGUUGGGCUGGUUCAUAUUAACUGCUGGGUUCGUUUGUAAAUUGGUUAUUUUGUUUGAAAAUCAAGGCUACAAAACUAGGAAGUAAGUGGAUCAUUUGGUACGAGGGUUGGUUGGUUCUUUGUCGGGUAAUUACGUGCAGUUUGGUUAGAUGAAGAGUUGUAAUGGCUCGGAGAUGGAAAGGCAAAUUGGUCUCCUGUGACAGUUCAUUUUUUGAUACGUUAAUGAUAAGCUAUUUGUGUAGGCUGGAUGCAGAGUAGAUGGUAGAUCAUUGAACUGGUUGGUUGGUCAAAUCUUUGGCCAGUAAGUUGGUAGGUCGUAGUGAGCAGGUUAGUUUGUGAAUUGUACGAUUGGUAAAUAUAAAAGGUAAGUGAUGCCGACCGGUCAGCUUGGGUUGAUUGAUUAAUUUAAUUGUGGGAUGAGCUAAAUAAGUAUUUUUAGGUUAGUAGUUUAGAUCAGCUUAUUGUUAGUAAUAAGGAAAUUACUGGAAAUAUGAGAGGUAGGGUAUAUUUUGAUGAGGAGGCUGGUAGGUAAGCUGGUAAGCAGGCUGCAAGUAAUGGCAUUGGUGGUUUAGGUAGCGGAUUAGCUGGUUAGUCGUAAAUGGUCUGCUACGGUCGUAAGGUUAGUUUUUUAGGUAGGCAGUAGAUUGAUGAAUCGAUUGGUAGUUGAAUUGUAUGGUUGGUAGAUUUAAAAGGUAAGUGGUGAUAGAGAGGUUGAUUGAUAAGUUUGUAGUUAGAAAUAUGAACAUUUUUCAGGUUGGUAAGCAAUGUAGUAUGUACAUCAUGGUGUAUCAAUGAAUAUGGUAAGCAAUAUGGUAGGUACCAGGAUGUACACAGUUAGGCUAUAAUUUGCUUGUAGCUGGUACUUGGGUGGUGGGUAGUUUUUAGGUACAAGGGUUAGUUGAACUGGUUAAUUGGUGAAGUGUAUGGUUGGUAGAAUUAAAUGGUUAGUUGUGGUAGAAAUUGUGAUCGAUAAGUCCGUAAGUCUGGGAUAAAUGUUCAUUUUUCAGGCUGGUAAGCAAUAUGAUUGGUACUGGUAUGUACACAGUCACGUCAUGUUUUGCUUGUGGCUGGUAGGUAGUGUAGGUUGAUAGGUUGGUCGCAAGGUGCGCUGGUUGGGGCCAUUCCUGUUUAAUAUACACCUCACCCCCUUCGACGAAAUUUCCCGAAGUUGUGUGCAAAAACAUGGAAUUUGUUGAAGGUUGCAGGAAUGAAGACAGAUUUUCCGAGGGGAAGCAGCAAAAAAGAUUGAAAGCCAGAUUUUCUGUGGGUAAGUCGUGGAAAAGGAAAUAUGUCUUAAAGAUAUUAGAAUCGUAGGGAAAAUUUUCUUAGGGGAUAUAUGUUCAUCAAUAAAUUUUUCGUCGGGUUUUUGGGGGAAAGACCUUUUCUUAAUGGUUAAGAAAAUUCCAAAGUCCUUCGUCAACUGGGGGGGAUGUAUAUUAAAUGGAAUGGCUCUUAGUUGCGGGUAGAAGAAUUGGCUGAUGGCUCUUACGCGGUCUGCUUUACUGAGUAGUAAAUUACUGUGAGCUGGGUUCUUUUUAUGGUUAGCAGAUUCAAAAAAGUAAAUAGUUUUAGACAGUUUGAUUGACAGGCUGGUAGGUAGAUAAAUGAGUGAUUUUUAGGAUGGUAAACUCAUGUUGGUUAACAAUAAGAAAGAAAAAUAUGUAACAUAUAUAAUUAUAUAACAUAUAAGUAGUAUAUAACACAUAUAAGAAAUUAAAAAACGAAAGUUAAUAUUUUGACUUCAAGGUGUCUUGGUUACUUGACAGUUAGAUUAGAUAGCUAGGUUGGUUGAUUGGUCGUAGAUGGUCUGCUAAGUGUGUAAAGUUGGUUGCUAGGACGAUAUUGAACUGCUGAAGUGGUUGUUUAUUGAACCUCUAACCUGGUGGUGUGACAUUAGGUUAAGUGGUAAGGAGGUUGACUGAUAAGCAGGUAGGUUAUACUUUGGUAAAGUUCCUGAUAGGUACGUUGAUGGGCAGAUUACUUGCAAGACCUGCUGGCCUAAGUAGGUAGAUAUCAACCUUGGUCGGUAGGCGGGUGUGUUGGCUGGUUGGUUUGCUCUGACGAAAGAUUUGGAAACGUUAUAUUUUUAAUCUUUUUAAGGUUGAAAUUUUAAUUUAUUAUAUUGGUCGAUUAAACAAAAGUUUGAGUUGAAUAGGGUUGGUAAGCACCUUAAUUGUUUGCAAAGCUAAAAGAUGAAUGGAUCAUUUCUUGAUUCUUGGCGAUGAUGAUCAGCAUGUAUGAAGGGGUAGGGGUGUUCUUUAGUUGUCUUUGUUGGUGUUUAAAGGAGGAGGGGUCUUUUCCUUUAGAUGUUUCAUUACUCUGAGUCAUCUUCAUUGCCCUUCAGUUUCAUUACCCUGAGUCCGCGUUUCGGUAGGGUUAUAUAUAUGUAGUUGAACGUUUAUUAACUCUCGGCUCAUUUAUUUGAUAGUGGUUGUAUAUUUGAUUUUCCAUCAGGUGUAAAUGAGGAGUUCUUGCUCGGUGUGGGUUGCACAAGACACGUGUUUGUUUUUAAGCUAGUUUCUUGGGCCCUUAACGAGAGGAAUAGUUGUAAGAUUAUUAUCGAAAAGUUUCGGGGAACUGCUUCUUAGUUUGAUGCUUGCGACUAAUUCAGUUAGGUUAUAAGUUCAAUGAACUAACCUUUAAUGUCAGAGCUUUAGCGAACAGGUAUGGGGAAAAAGACAAAUAGAGAAGAGAGAAAAAAUAGUCCUCUUCGUCGAUUGAUGCAUAACGAAAAACGCUAGUGUAAGCGAUAAGAGAGUGACGCAUUCAACAUGUCCAAUUCCUGGAAAACUAGGUAUCAAAAUAUAUUACACAUGUUUAAUUUCUGAGUUUCUUUGCAUCUUAAAGGAGGCGUUCACGUGUGAUACGAUGAUGUGUUUCAAAAGGCGAUUUGUCUUUGCCCAUUAAUUCUUUGAGAAAAAACGUUUGCUGGCUAAAUGUUUGCAAAUAAACUGAAGAGACAGAUUAGUGCUACGUGACCUCUUCAAAUUGGAGGGCUGUUUGUUUCCCGCGAAGCAGGUUAAGCACAAAAUAGAGGGGCUUUCCCUUUAGAGAGCUAACAAAUCAAAACAGAUAGACUUGUUUUUACAAGUUAACACCCACAUAGUUUUUUUAAAUCUUUAUAGACACCUUAUCUUCAUAGCGUUCUAAUUGUAUCUGCAUUUACCCCUCUUUAUGAUCAAAACGCGUGGGCUAAAGGAGAGUAGCAACCUAACUAAAAGUAACGACUACCUUCCCUUUGUAGCUAGCUCCUUACAACUGGUUAACUGGAAUGAGCAUCAAGAUCCUAUAGAACUCCUGGCAAUGCCAGUGAAACUUUAUGCUCUUACCAGCAGUAGUUAUCAGGAAACUUUGGGCAGCCAUACUUUUACCAAAGCGAGUUUUCGUUCUCCUUCGAUGUUUCUUUGCUACUUUCGUUUUACUUGUUUUCAAAACUUUCUGAAGCUAGAAAAAUAGAACUAUAAAUUACUUCUCUACCUCACGUUUUGAAUUACAGAAAAUAAGGUUACAAAAUUUACACAGAAUGAUUUGAUUCCAAAAAAGUGUACUUACAAAUAAAUUGCGUAUUGAGAUAGUGCUGCCUGUUUCAGCCAAGACUACCUUACUGUGUAACCACUCCUUAGGCGGUAAAGUUUUAAGCAUUCCUUUUGGGACCACAUUAACCUCACAGAUUUCUAAAUCAUCAUUCUUUAAUUAUAUACAUGUUGCAAACAAAAUUUUAAAGCGUUGGAAAUCCAAAAUUCGUGUGUUAGAUAAAGUAAACAAACACCUGUCUUAAAAGAGAAAGUAGAGUGGCCUGAUACACUUGUUUUUGGAAGAGUUGGAUGUUGUUAGAUUAGUAAACAAUGUUGCCUCUUCGUUCAGCAGUGUUGUUCGAACUCUGAAAAUUAACAGGAUGCUCUUUAAAUUCCAGUUCAAGGACUUAAAAGCUCUACUAGACAUUUAAAAAUCCAUCCUGGUUGCCGAAAGGCUGCUUUCCGAGUAUUUUUCUGGUUAGUAGAGGAAUCCAACAAACAAAUUUCAUGAAGACCAAUCUGGUUUUUAGCAGCAGGCAUCAUGCCAAAGAUUCUUAAGACAUAAAGAAGUAUAUGACCUGAAGGGAUAACAAGUCUUUAAGCACUCACUGAGUUUUGUUCUGGAUACGAAGCGAAUUCCUCAAGGAGAGACAAAUGCUGGUAACGUUUUUCAUAGCAAAUAGAAAAUCAAGUUGUGUCUGGCUAUUUCCGUUCCCUUAAGUGGUAUAAAGGAUAAAGAGGAGUUCUUAUAGAACACUAAACAUAUGAGAAUUCUUUAGAAAGAAAAAGUAAUACAGUCUACCAAUAAUAAGUCUACAGGAUAAUUAUCGCCAAUGUUUAUGGCGGAUCUAAUGGACUACAAUGACGUCCAGAAAAAAUGUGUCAUACAGUAAAACCCACGAAUAGGAACCUAGUUUUUAAGAACGCGUUAGGCUAAAAUUUGCCAGUUAGGCCCCCUCUAUACAAGAACCUGCUAAGCCUAAAACAGGUUCUUAUCUUCUAAAAUCUAUAAAAAAAAAUUGUACAAAGUACACUUGGGCAAAUAAGAUAAGUCAGUAUUCAGGAUCCUCUCUGAAGACAUAGGUGCGUCACGGUCCAACUGCAAUGCAAUGGUAUGCAGAUGUUAUGCAAGGAAUAAGCUAAAUACCACCAAUAGUACUUUUAGCUACAGUGUAUUUUUUUCUUCAGAAAAUAUGAACCCCUAUAACAACUUAAAUAGCCUAAAUUUGGACCAAUUACCAGUUAUGUAAGAACCUGUGUUUAGGCUAACUUAGGAAAAUGCAGGUUUUUAGUCGGGGGUUUAAACUGUAUCUCUUUUUCUAUUAAAAAAGCAUCACCACUCAUGUACCUUUCUUCAAUCAGUUAGUUUCACUUCUAAAAUUGGUUGCCGUGACUUUCUGUAAAACAGGUUAUUUUUUAUAUAUUAUCGUACAUUGUAAAUUAGGCAUCUAAACUAUCUCCUGAGCAGUGAUGUCCUUAAAUUCAGUACAAUGUAGUUGUGACGGUUCUGUACAUCCUGAAUUUCAAAGUUUUUUCGACAAGAAUUCCGUCUGGGUUUAAAAUAUCUCAAAUUGUCUAAGCUCAGGGCCGAUCAAUAAAUUUAAAUAAAUCAAGGCCUUGUGUUAGCAAAAAAGAACUCUCUGCCCUAGUAUAUGUAGUAAUAUCUUCAUGGUCAUCAACACACUGCAGUACUCGGAAGUGUGCAAGGGUAUUGAGGAAUUAUCCAUCAGCACUUUUAAACGAUAUUUUGGGCUGCAUCGUCCUCUUCAAUAUCGCAACAUAAGCGAUGUUUUUCUAAAAUCUCUCAAUUUUGAAAUUCAUCGGGCUCUAUAAUUAAGGUGAAGACAGUUUUUAAUGAACGGACACUAUGUACUGCUUUUUACAAUUGUCUUUCGAAAAAAAUUUAAUUUGCUGUACAGACAAAAAUUACGGCAAAACUGAUAUAGAUAAUCAGCACUUCCUCCAUAGGACACGAGAGCUGAAGUCAGUCCAAAUUAUAAAUUCAGUCUAAAAUAGGACUCAGUCAACCGCAUCACCCAAUUUAAUUGUCACUCUUCGAAUGCGUUAACACAAGUGUAUAAACAGCUGUAAAAAUUUUAUUGCACAUUAGCCAUUUUCUUUUUCAUGUUUUUUUGUUGUCAAAAGGAACUUUGUCUUUAAGUGAUUGCCCACUCGCCUAGAAUGAAAAAACCCCAAAGGAACACAUUCCUCAACAGUUGUUGUCAUUCUUUAGUGUUGUAUUAAGAUCAGUGUUAUUUUUCAGCUUCGUCGGAACACGGACUUGUAUAGUUUCUUCUCUCCAUCCGAAAAGUUUAAGAACCUAAGGAAUCUAGAAGGCCAAUGACAGCUAUAUUAAAUAUCUAUAGUAAGUGGACUGAAUGGGACCAGCCAAAGCGUUAUUGUGCAAAUGUUUUAGAAACGUUGAUAGAACGUUUGACAGAUUUAUACAGUUCCAGUUCAAAAAGAUCUUUUGGUUCAUACAUCUAUGUUAUUAAACCCUAGGAGACCUAUGAAAACAGAGGUUUAAAAGAUUUUUGUAAGAGAACUAAGUUAUUAUGCAUUUUUUUAAUUGCAAUAAAAAGACAUAAACCGCAUAAAUAUGCAAAGGACAAAAGCAAUCAUAGGGCAACACAAAGUAAAUCACAAAUUAGUAUGUAUUUGGAAAGACCUUGAAGUAAACGUCCUCCUUUUCAUUGAAAAGCCACAGAAAAUUGCGAAGGGACUGGGAUGAUACUGCGGGUGCAUCAAAGCGAGGCUGCUGUAAACGAUUUCAGUUGCCGUGGCGAUUCAAGAUGGCGGUAAAAAAUGGUGCUUACAGUCUGGAGGAAAAACGCGAAGCUGUGGCUUAUUUUAACAAGAAUGAAGUUCCAAAACGAAUCGAACAGCUUCUUAAUAAGAUGUUCAAGGAAAAGCCAAGUGACGUCUUCGGCUAUAUGGUGCGUAAAGGGAUUUUUCUCUGGUUUUUGCCUGUUUCAGCUGUUUACAGUGGGCGAGCGCGAAAAUGAUGCUUGUACAGUGACUCGUUGUUAAACGACCAGGACAAAACGUUGAGACUGCAGGCUGCAGGCUGCGUACAAAUACAGUCCAAAGUGCGCAUUGCAGAGAGGACUUAAAUCCAGCCUGACACUGGAUACGAUUAGUGAUCACACCGUUGAGAAUCCGGAAUUCUUGCCCAUUUUGAUGAUACUUGCACUGGUAAACGAUUUUUUGCGUGUGAAUAUUGGUAAUAUGAUUUUUUUUUAGGCUGAGUACUUUGGAAGUCACUCACAAGCACCAACAAUAUCCAAGGUAUUUGUUUAAUGAUGUUUAAUAUAAAUUUAUAAGUAGGGGAGUGAGAGCACAAUUACAGCCUCUAGGACUUUAUAUAUAUUUAAGCUUACUAAAACACACAAUUCAAUUUAAUUUCUUUUGUUUGCCUUUGAUAUUUUGUUACAUUUUUAAAAUGUUAUUAACAUUGAUUUUCACUAGGGAACUGUUUGUUACACACUUCGUAUUUCUUUCUUAAUUUACAACAAAUCUUGCUUGCCUGUUGAGCAAACUGCAGUAAAAAGCCUGACGGGUCGCUUCACUAGACAGCGCUUUUGUCGAGCCCUGGUAACAGUGCACUGUUACCCUUUGAUGUCUUAGAUUUUGCAAUGUUGCUUGCUCAGAGAUUUUGGCAGGAAACAGUUUCAUUGUUAGAUGUCAUGUGAUGUUGAAGUGACCAAUUAGAGUGCACCCUGCUGGGAAAACAUUCCCAGCUCUAUAACAUAAUGAUUAUUAUAUUUAUCCUUAGGCCUUAGCUUAAGUAACUGUUAUUCAAGAAAUGUACAGUCUCAUCUAUGAACCUUUAAAGCUUCUUAAAACUUCCUUUUAUUCUUAAUGUAUUUUAAAUAUUUGUAUUAGGACCAUUGUUAUAUAUGGAUGACUUUAUUUGGUCUUUUUGUUCAUCAGCUUACCUCAUUCAUCCAAAAUGUAUUUAAUCAGGUUUAAAUUCUUAUUUCAUAUAAACCAAGUUUCAUUUGAUGUUCAUAUAUUCUUAACUUCAUCAUCCGGGCUCCCACGACCUGCUCCCAGUUGGCUUGUUACCUCAAUCGAUAAAGUACUGCACCGGUAUUGCAGAGGUCAAGGGUUCGAAUCCUGUACAAGCCUGAAUUUUUUCGGCCUUUCUUUUCACAACUGCAAAAGUUGCAUCUAUAACUGCCAUGAUCUUCUUUCAUAUAAUUGGAAAUCAAUACUGGGAAAUAAAUUAUUUGUACCCUUGUGGGUAAAAAAUAUUUGUAUUCCAUCCUAAACAUCCUAAGUGAGAGCAAAAUUUACAAUAUUUAUUUCUACUCCAAGGGUUGCUUCACAGGUUUACAUCUAAGUCUAACCACCAGCUGGUUAGCUGAACCUACAGCUACCACUCCACAGUCUAGUACUUAACCCUUUAUUGGUCUUAAUACAUUCAGCCAAAACACAGUUUUUUGUCCUAACAAUAUCCAUAUAAAUUUUAGCUCAGCAGGUAAGGGACCAUUCAUGGCCAGUAAGGCAAAAAAAUGAGCCCCUGGUGGAAUUAACAAAAAUGAUCACUGAUCAUUUUGACCAUUUUAUCAAAACGUUGUUAUCUUUAGACAACAAUUUAAAGCGUUCGAUUCCAAUAAUUUUACUCUGUCCUCAACGUCCUCUGUCCAAAAUGCAUGGCCCAUAAAAAUAAACACUUUGUAUACUUUUUUUUACUUUUCCAAAUAUUCAUUCAUUUUCUUGUGAGAAUCGGAUUGGAUCACAGCUUGCGUAUUUUUUAAAACAAAUUAUUAUAUUUUAGUAAUCCUUCAAGCGGUCGCAGGUGGUAGCAAGUGUUGCUUCAGGCAGUCAUUUUGUUACUACCUGAUAAGGAGAACACUGUCAGUAAAGAUGUAUGCAUUCAUAGUACAGACAUGUAUCAAACUUUAACUGGUAUAGGGUUUCGUUGUUAUAGGAUUACUUCACAGGUUUACAUCUAACCACUGACUUGCUAGCUUGCUUGUAGCACUCUUCAGUCUAGUACUCAACCAUUUACACAGUUGUAGAUCGAAAAUUGAUAGCCCCAGGUUCAAUUCUCGGCCAGUACACCAACACUCAUUCACCUGAUGCAGCAGAUUUUUAUCAUUUCCAUUCAGAGACUUUUGACAGAAAGCAGUUUCACUCACUGUUACAAUUUUUCUUUUCACCAAGGCAGGGUUGUACAAAGCACUUCUAGUUCUAACAAUCAAUGAGUAACUGGAAAUAUAGCAUACUAGUAAACUCAACUAGUGGUCUAUUAUCAAUUCUGCAUUCUGAUUGGUUGAGCCACUACUAGGCUAUGUUAUAGCCCACUAGUAGCAAAAAGUGCCGGCUUUGGAGACCAAAACAAUGGCAGCUGAAUCGCAUUUUGCUAGCUAAAGCUGUUUUGUUUCGAUAUAUUUGACCAACUAGUUGGAUUUUACUAAAACAUUAUUCCUCUUCUCCUCAUGGCUGCUGAGUCAAUAGCCCAUUCAGGCUCGAGGAAUAAUGCUUAAUGAUUUGUCAUGGCAACUAACCCUGAUCAUCCCUUGAACAACUCAGUCCAGAGUUUCCUAACUUUUUUCCUGGCAAAUUUUAUUUUACUUUUGAUUUAGAACUGAUGUCACCACUUGUUUGACAAACCUUGUUUACCUAGUUUAGUGCCUUCUUGUAUCGCUUAGGUUUCUGCAGAAAACGUUCUUAGCUGUCGAGGGUUCCCAAGUUUUCAAGUUAGCCUUAACUGCACAAUAAAUGGACUUUCCAAGGUAAGUAUGAUCUAUCAUACAAUGUAUACCCCUUUUCAUUGUUCACACACUUUAGUUUUUGUCAACAUUAUGUUUUGAAAAAUGCGUGUGUGUUACAGGUCAAAAUUCAGGCCAAUAUUUGUUUACCUACAGUGCAAUAAGGAACAAAUAUAAAGUGUUGCUAAAAGACACUUACUUCCUUAAAAUGGCAACCUUUUUGCAUCGUAGACAUCUCUGUCCCCUCCCCCUUUGUACCCCGACUCCUCCCCCCAAAAUCAAUGUUGUAUUUUAAACCCCCAAGUCUUCUUCAACUACAUUAACAAACAACAUUGAUUUGGGUGUGGUGGGAUUUACGGCCUUUGAACAGAGAUGUAUGAUAAAUGAACAAAAUUGUUAUGAUAAAAGCAUGCAUUUCAGACAAGUGCAUCAACUACGUUAGUCCCUGAUUGUGGUAAAUUCAAUUUCCUUUGUCUCCUAGCCCUAUUAUUAUUCAUGAAUAAGGGCUAAGAGGCACGUUAAGGAAAUAGAGAAUCAAGCUAGGUUAAAAAAUUUUAACCUGAAUUUAGUUUUGACCUGUCCUGAUGUAUGUUUAGUCAAAAAGUCAUAUACUACAAUGUAUGUGUUGGAGACGAGUUCAAUUUUAUCCUUGGUUUAAAUUUUAUUUUCCUUUGUUUUGGGGUAUGGUAAUGUAUGAUAAUGAGUUUGAAACAAAGGAAAAUAAAAUUUAAACCAAGGAUAAAAUUGAACCAUAACAUAUGUAUGUGUUCACUAACCAUAAAUUACAACUUUACAACCAAGAGACUGUAAGUGAGCAUCCACCUCAACUCUCAAACCAACUGUUCCACAACCAAGGCUUACACAAGGUUACCAAUAGAAAAUUAUAAAACUGUCAACCCAAAAAGUGGUUGUGGUCACUUAAUUAAGGGAGGUGGUUAUUUACAAGGGGUUCUGCCCACAGAGCUUUGACAGACUGGGAAAAAUUUUGGUAUUUUGGAUACUGGGUGUGGUCACCUAAAUGCCUGUAUUCGCCAUUUCCACAUUUCCCAAAAUACACUUUGUUUGCCCCCCCCCCCCCCAAAUUUUGCCUAAACUUUCUUUUUAAUUUCCCCUGGGUAUUACAGUCUUCCCAAAAGACAUUUUGGGGGUCAAGCAAGGUGUAUUAUGGGGGAUGUGCAAAUAGCAAAUGUAAUUAUUACAAAUUAAAUAGGUAAUAAAAUUAUUCUUCAUUUCUUGAUUAUUUAUCUCAUUUUUAUAUAUAUUUUAGCAUGUUGCAAGUGUGGUCUCCUCUGUGGAUGCUAGUCCUCUUCUAAAUGCUUUACCUGCCAAGGUCAAAACUCCAGACGCUAAAACAAAGACACCUGAUCUAGCUAAACAACAAAAGGGAGCAGAUGUUACCACUACAAGUAAUGACGGAGAGUUGAGUAAUGAUAAUAAAGGGCUUGAUGUGGAGGAAAUGAUAGAGAGAAUUGAUGUCAUUAUUGGUCCAAUUAUCACUGGGCUGGAUGCCACUGACCAGACUACAGUGGAUGAAACAUUACAGUAAGUAAGCUUGUUUAUGUCAUCACCUAGAAUAAAGGCUCAAAAUAUCUUAAUGGUUAUGUGGGCAAGGUUUAAUAUUAAAGUUGCAACCAAAUCUUCUUCUUAAAAGUCUUUUUUAUUUAAAGAUCUUCUCAUUCCCCAAGAUGUUCUGAUUCAAAGCACUGUUUCAUUGAUACUUUUCCAGCCUCCAACCCUGGAAUUGCCACUGAUCUUCCAUAAGUAAGGUCUUUUUCAGUCUAGAAUGAUCCUUGGCGGGAGGCACUCUGUAAAAUGACCCUGGGUACAGGGAGGGUCCCACCGUAGGGAAAUCCAUUGUUUUGGUCAGUAAAAAGGCUCCAAAGGGCUAACAAAGAGUCUAGAAAAGGUUAUGGUUUUGUGAUUUGUUCAUACUCCAAAGACAGCGCAUUAACAGUUUCCCACAGGAAGAAUGAUCUCGUCAGUUCAUCUAGACAUAGCUAAUCAGUGACAUCAAAGGCUUCAAUUUAAUCAAUACAUGUGUAUAGCUGUGUAAAUACCCCAUAUGUAUUUUUAAUCAAUUUAAUCUUUUUUUUAUUCAUCUUGUCAUUGUAAUUUUUUCUAUCGAUAUAUAUUUUUACUGUAACAUCAGAUAUGUAAUUUUAUCGGAUGCUUUUUAAUAAAGACGUUAUUAUUAUUAUUAUUAUUAUUACAUAGUUAAUGGAUAAUCAUGAGUGUUACCCAUUAACAAUGACAUACACAGGGCCAUAUAAAAGUUCCAUAUGAAUAGUGUGCCUAGAUGAUUAAAGGAAUAUGACUUCAGUAUGUAGUAAUUGAUGUCAUUGGCCUUUCCACACUGAAGAUGGAUUUUCCAUCUUCAAAAUCUGCCUAAACAGAUGAAUAAAAUCAGACAGAUUAUUCGUGAAAAGUAAACACUGUUCUUCUUGAUGGACAAAACGGCCAUUGGAAGGUUUUCAGGCUUCAAAAAAGGUGUUAAAUGGUGCUGAUUGAGUUAAAUGCAAAAAAUUUAACUGCCACUUAUGACUAUCAUUGCCAUUAGAAAAUUAGAAGAACAAGAGAAGGCUGCUUCUAAAGUUGACAGCAGUGAAAACAUUGAGAAUGAAACAGAGGAAGAUGUAGAUGCAGAUAAAGGAGAAGGGAGUCAGAUUGAUAGCAGAGCCGAUACAUCUAAGAAGCCCAGCAUGCCCAGAGGAGAGAGUAAACAGUCUCAUUCUUCACAGGUAUUAAACCCAACUAACAAUAAUUACUGCCUUAGUCCAGUUGGUUAUCUCUUGUAGUUCCGAUCUUUCUUUGCCUAAAAUGACCAUCUUUUUCUCUCCUUCACUGUCUGGUCUUGUUUUUUGUGUGCAUAAGAAAAAUACAUGUAUUAGUUUCAUGAAAAUGAAAAUAAGACUUCAUUUUUAGUUGAAAAUAGGUAAUUUGUGAAUAAUAUUAUAGGUGGAAUAACUGUUGACUCAGUUAACUAGUAUGUUAGUAUUACAAUAGUAUAACUGCAUGAAUUCUUUAACUUCAGUUAAUUCAAGUAUUUACCAAUACUUGAUUGCAAUAGUCAAAAAGACCUCAACAGUUGCCUGUUCUCAAAAGAAUUAAUUGCCUUCUGGUCAAUUUCAAAGAAUUAAGAAUUUUUUUUAACUUCUGGUUCACCCAUACAGAAUUAAGAAUUUCAAAGAAUUUUUGAUCACCUUCUGGUCUAAAACAGUCUCGUUGUCUCAUUGUCAAAGAAUUUUAAUUUCAAAAAGAAUUUUUAACUUCACCCAUACCUUUGAUCACAGAAUUAAGAAUUUCUGGUCAACGGUCAACAGUCACUCGUUGUCACAGAAUUAAGAAUUUCAAAGAAUUUUUUAACUUCACCCAUACUUGAUUGCCUUCUGGUCAACAGUCACUCGUUGUCACAGAAUUAAGAAUUUCAAAGAAUUUUUUAACUUCACCCAUACUUGAUCACCUUCUGGUCAACAGUCACUCGUUGUCACAGAAUUAAGAAUUUCAAAGAAUUUUUUAACUUCACCCAUACUUGAUUGCCUUCUGGUCAACAGUCACUCGUUGUCACAGAAUUAAGAAUUUCAAAGAAUUUUCUAACUUCACCAAUACUUGAUUACAAUAGUCAAGAUGACUUCAACAGUCACUCGUUUUCACAGGAGACAAGCAAGAAAACAGACAGUAAAAAACAAAGUACCAAAGAAUCAGUGACACAAGUUAUACCUGACUUGGAUGAAGAGGUACUCUGUACAGAUUGUGCUAUGAUUGGCGUUUCCAUGGCAACAGCUAUUACGGGUGCAAAAAUUAAGGGAGCUCCUUUGUAUGAACAUCUGGCUUUUCUCUCUGGGAAAAAGGUAUUUUUUUGUUUGCAGUACUUAUCUUUUUUGUGAUCAGUUAUACCAAAAAAAUUAACAAUUUUGCUUUUUUGAGCACACCUUAAGCCUGUGAAGGCAGACUCAUUUCUGGAGACUCCUCCUCUCCGCCAAGAAGGAGCAGCAGCUGGAAAUAUACCUGCAUUCGUAAGCUCGCAUAAGGUCUGUUACUAUGGAACUCGAAAGAAAAUGAACUUGGUUUCGACCGUAAGAAAAAAAAAGAUCGCAACUUUUUAUCCUGGAGCCAAUUUAAUUCAAGCUCAAACAGGGUAAUUUACCACUGAAACUAUCAUAGCUACAUUUAAGAAAGUUUAAUUAAAUUGAGCCCUCAUUUUUUUUAAAGGAUGUAAACAACGGAUUACAAAUCUAAAUGUUUUACUUUUUUGUUCAACAUGACAGCCUGAUAGCAAAUUUUCUCUGCCGAUUCCAAUGAUGACUUUAUUGUCAAGUGGAAAGUUUGCGGCAGGAAAGCAGAAUCUCAUCAAAGAGAUUUUUAUUUUGCCACAACCUGGAACGCCGAUGACAGAGGUACCAAAAGUUAUUGUUGUUGUUAUUGCUCUUUUGACGUACGUUGUAGUUAGUGAAGUUGGCAGGUGCAACAAUAAACUACGAGUAGUCCCCCUUUUUCCUCAGGGAUAGUAGAGCGAGCGAAACGCGAGCGCGCGUGAAAUCACCCCACGCGAGAAAAGGCCUUUCUCGCGUGGGGUGAUUUUCACGGGCGCUCGCGUUUUGCUCGCUUUACUAUCCCUGAGGAAAAAAUCGAAAAAGCGACUAUAAAAAUGAAUUCUUUUCAACGCGCUUAAAAUGUCAAAUGUAGGUGAAUUUCCCUGGGAUUGAAUUCUUGGGCACCGCACGUGCGUGAAAUAGGAAAUUUCACGUGGUAGUCGUGCAGUAAACUGUCCUGCCUGUAAUGUUUCAAAAAGUGUGCUGCAUGUGCAGUGGUUGCUUUACUUAUUAAUAUACCGUACAAUUCCGAAAAUAAGCCCCUCCAAAAAAGCCCCCAAACCGGUAACAAAAAAACCCUCCGUUAAAUCGCCCCUCCAAAUAUAAGCCCCCUCCCGGGGCUUGUACCUGGAAAAUUGCCCUCAAAUACAAAGUAAAAAAGCAAAAACAGUAAAAACAAAGCAAAAACAGGCAUAUUUUCGAUUUUGAAACGUAUGUUUAUCUAUGGUUUGCAACAGAACACCGGACUUUUAUUCACAUAUAAGCCGCACGUUGAAAAAAAUCCGGCGAACCCCGGGCAUAUUUUCGAAUUUGACCACAUGUUCGAUUGGUUUCAACAGAACACCGAGUUUAAUCCUCUGCCACGCUUCUAAACAGCCAACUGGUUACCUACUGCCAGUUAGGGUUUUUAAUCCUGAUAUGUUUUAUUUAUAUUGUUUGUUUCAAAUUAUCCGAGUGGAGUGUCUGUAAACUAGCUGGAGUAGCUAAGUGCACUUCCCUUGCCAUAAACAGAGCAUCGACUUUCAAUAUUAACACGUAGGCUGGAUUUAUUGUAGUUUGCGUUCUUGAUCCGACGGAUUGUCCCCUAGGAAUCCGGUUUUUCCUUUUUAUGUUUUGUAAACCGGGGAACACAUCCAAGUCUCAAUUCUAGUAGGAAUUCGUGGACCGCGGGCUUACUGAAGGUUAGUGAAGCGUCAAGAUUAUUCUUCUAUCUGGUUGAAAUCGUCAUUCAAUGCUCAAACUCCGUGUUUGCUUUGCUUAGCUUUGUCCACAAGAUGAUAUCAAAUUCAUAUGAACUCUAUCUCUUAGGGUUGAUUUCCAGUGUCGCGUAAUUUUUACGUACGUACGUGCGUAAAAUUUACGUUCGCAAAUAAAAUAGAGGCAAUGCAUGAAAGGUCGCUCGAAAAUGUAACAGUUGAACCUCGCUCAACCUCUUGUUUGAGGUCAGCACUUUUUAUCUUGCCUCUAUGUUAUUUAGGUGAUUAGAAUUUACGUGCGUUUACGUGCGUAGCCAAAAAUGCGUCAGUGGAAAUCAACCUUAACAGAGAAACGUAUUUGCAAAAGGACAGAUGACAUCAAUACUCAGAUGACGAGGCUGUAAUGUCAAAAUCGAUCGUAUUUGCCUAUAGCGCGUUUUCGCCCACGUGACCAGCAGCUGUGCAUAUUUAUUACGACAAAAGAAAGCGUUUAAACAAGAGAGUUUAACUGUCACGGGACGGGUUUGGGACACCAACAUGGUCCCCUUUUUUAAUGUUUUGAGACACCAACAUGGCCAUGUGAAAACGCUUCAUAAGUAUCCCCGUCUUUCUUGAGCGAUUAUCUCAGUUGUUACCUAGAUGUAGCUCCUUUUUUGUUUCUGUGAUCCCCUACUUGAAACCUUGCCAUAUCUUCCUCAGCAUUUCCACCACAGCUUGUCUAAUAUGCCUCAUCUUCCAGCAGUAAAUCAGCGGAUUAAUCGUUGAACUUAGAAAAGCAAGAGUCAUAGAGUAGAGUCUUAAACCCGUGGUCGUUGUGGUUGUUCCCAAGAUGGCAAAGACGACAUAGGUACAUAUUCUUGGAAAAUAACAAACCAAGAAAGCGAGAUAUAUGAAGCAAGUUGCAAUUGCGAAAUUUUUUACUCUUGCACUAUCGAUGUUCGCAUUCUGAGCUGUGUGUUGAAGAUGGACCGCUUGAAUUUGGUUUGUAUGGUACUGCACGGCUUUAUAUAUUUUGUAGUGAAACCAAGUUGUGAUCAAGAACCCAGAAAUAGCGAUAACAACAAAAAACGAGUAAUAAACGUGUUGUUGGAUCGCUAGUCUAAGUAACGAUGAAAAAACGCUGAAGACCCACAUCAAAGAAACCACAAUUAAAGCGCGCUUGCGUGUCACGAGUUCCUGGUAUCUGAGGUGAAGAUGAAUCGCCAAGAAUCUGUCUGCGCUUAGAGCCAUCACUCCAAAGACUGAAGUACUACCAAUAAUAUUGACGGCCGUAACAAACGCGGUAUACAUGCUGUUGAAAGUAGAACUAUUCUCAGAGUUUUCUUGCACCCUAAUGAUGAUGAGUGCAAUAAACAUUGGGUGGAUUAAUAUACCAACGCAAAGAUCAGAUACAGCGAGACUCAGAAGCAAUGUUUUGGACGGUUGUGUUGGGAACGUCGUUUUUAUCAGUGCUUGAAUUGUGAUGCUAUUCAGCGCAAUGGCGGUACAUGAUAAAAAAGCGUUUAAGACUAUAUUUGCAAUAAAUGAUGAAUGGAGUAUUUUAUCUUCUUCCAUUAUCCAGAAAACUAGCAAGAAAGAACGUUUUUAUAAUGAACUGAUGUAUUGACGAAUCUCUGAAGGUAGUCAAGCUUUUAGGAAGAGAUUCGACAUGCCGAUCUUUGCUGAAACAACGGUCGAGAAAGGGUAAAAAGUUUGAGAAAAGUCAUUAAAAUAUCGACCGGCUGUUCAUUGUUUCUUUAACGAUGCUGGUUACCUUGUUAAAGAUGUAGAACGCUGAGAGAAAAACAGUCCGCCUUGGUUGUAACAAAAUAAAAAUUUGCAACGUAUAUCCUGCCUUAAAUAAGACUUGUUUUUUUCCUUGCGCCACUUUGUUUUUUUCUCGUUUUUACUUUUGGCUCGUUUGAAUAGCUUUUUCUUGAAUGAUGACGAGAAAGCUGUUACGAAGAGUCAAAUAGUUGCUUUUCUGUGUACAUCUACAGAUUAAAAGCUGUCAGGUCCGAUGGACAUCAAGCCAAUUAUGUCACAAACUUGGUGUGUUUGCUUGUUUUAACUGUCUUGUUGCGCCUAAAAGGGCCCGCCUCUCCAUGUCCAGCUGCCCCUACUUGAACAUUUCCUUUAAUAAAGUUUAUCAUUAAACUGGUGUAGUUAUAUUGAAUUUCGACUCUGCUCGCCAUAGAUCCUCCAGUAGCUCACUGGUCAGUAGCUCAGUGGUCAGAGCAUCCGAACUAGAACUCGUAUUGUCGUGAGCUCGAUUCUCACCUGAAGCUCGAAAUUUUUUCUGAGCUUUCUGGGCUUAGAGUUCUUCUUCUUCUACCAAAUUACAGUUGUUUGCUUUUAAUUUGAAAAGUCUGUGAAAACGAAAUUAAAACCUUGGUGUGAAGGCGAUGUUUUCACUGAGUUCUUCACUGAAAAGGAGGCAGAUCACUAUGUUUUCUUUCUUAAAUCUUAAAAUUGCUAUUUAAUGUAGACUUCCGUUACCGCCACCGAAAACUGAUUUUUUUUAGUCAUUUUUUUCGCUCGAAGGCCUGAAAAGGAUAGGAUGAAAAGGAGCGGGUAAUUGCACUUGAGCAAAAUGACAUUAAGACGGAAUCCAUCAGGAAAUUGAGUAAUUUCAAUUAUCAAUGGACAAAAACCUUGUACCAAUAUAAGUUAAACAAUUUUGCAUUCUUUUUUUACAUUUUUCAAUGGCUAUAUAGUUAUCUGUAAUAACACCAAAGACUAUUUCUCAUGGGAGCCCGAAAAAAUAAAUGUCAAAUUUCACAAGAAUUGUGAAAGCACAGGUAAAAUUCUGCAAAUUUCAUUUGUAAGGUUCAUUUUGUGAAAUUUGACAUUUAUUUGCUCGGAAUGUCAUAAGGAUUUGUCUUUGGUGUUAUUGCAGAUAACUAAUUACCUCCCUAGCCCUUGAAAAAUGUAAAAAAGAAUGCGAUAUUGUUUAAAUUAUUCUGGUAUAAGGUUUUUGUCCACUGAAAAUUAAAACUUCUCAAUUUGCUGAUGGAUUCCGUCUUAAACUCGUAGUAUUUUUUAAGCUCUGUGUACCGCGCCCAACAACGGUUUCCUCAUAAAUGGAUUAAAAACACUUUUUAUCCUGAACACUUUAAGAUCUCUCAGACAUGUGUUCUAAGUGGCGCUAAAAAUUUUUCAUCGGUCACUCUAGGGCAACUUGAGUCUUUUCGAAAUUACAAGGGCUUUAGUAUUUUUUCCCGAAAAUUUUAGCUGCAAUUUAAAGUUUUACGAAAGUGAGAAUUUUUCUGAUUCCUCUCUACAUCGCAUUUUCGAUUCCUAAAAUUUUAUGUUUCCUUUCUCUACGAAAAAUAGCUUAACCUUGGGAGUGAAAUAGGAAAAAUUAAACUUAAAAAAAAUCUUAGGGAAUUUGUUAAACAAGCUUCGAAAAUUGUACAUCAAUGGAACGGUCAUCUAGAAAUUUUUAGCCUUCCUCAAGUUAUCGAAAAUUCUAGGCAAUUUUUACUUCUCCGAACAGAUAUUUUUUAGAAAACAGUCGUUGGGUGCCCCUGAUUAAUGUCGCGGAUUGUAAAUUAUCAACUGUCAUUGCAACGCAAAUGAGAUUUCUUGCCUGCUAGUCCAUUAGGGGGGAGUCAUGAGAGGUUACGCGAGAGUCUCACGCGGAAGGAGACGCGAGUGCGAGGGGCGCGUUCUCUCGCGCACUUUCAUUAUGGUUCACUUACAUGGCACUUCCGUGGCGAGAGAAAUCGUGAUAAACUAGAGCUUUUGAUAAACGCAUUUUGAGAUUUAUCUUUAAUUAUGCAAAUUCUAGUUAUGACGAGUUGCUAAAGAAGGCUAAGACAGCAUCUUUGUACAGUGGAAGAAAUCACAAAAUGCUUAUUGUAGUAUCUAACAGCUUAUUUUUCUCUGCGUAUCCUAAAUAUCUUAAGAAAGCGUUCUCUCUUCGCAGCUCCAAAUAUUUUUUAAGAAGGAACAAUGUACUAAGCUUACCUGAAUAGGACAACCACUUAUGAACUCGAGCCCAUCAAGUACGAAGCUGCAAAGCUCUGCAACUCACUUAAAGACGACAUGAGACAAAUAAUAUCAAUCGAUGACUUUAAAAAUUCCUCAAGCAAUUUGAAUUUUCAUUAGAAUUACUUUUACUGUAUUCUAUGGUGCUUCUGAUGGUUAAAUCUGUAUUCGUGGGCUUGUUCUGGCAAAAUUAAUGUCUUAUCCAGCUUUCCGUUCGUCUUGAAGGUGUACAGACAUAAAUUGUUCUGUUGUAUUCCUUGUAAUAGAACAUACAGUCAAUCAGAAUGCAGGAAAGUCUUACAUGUUCGUGGAUAUAUGAAGCUAAAGUGGAACCUCGAUGUAACGAACCUCUAUUUAACGAAGUCCUCUGUAUAAAGAACGAUUUCCUUUACCCCAGUUAUAGUACUAAAUAUACGAAAAAGAACUUCGAUAUAACAAAAGCUCGUUAAAGCGAACAAAUUUUGUCAGUUCCUUGGUUGUUCGUAGUAUCGAGGUACCUUGUAUAAUUAGACAAAGUACGACGUCGACGGGCAACGGGGACGUCAGAAAACAAUAGCUUUACUGAGCAUAACUACAAAUCUGCAUGUGCAUCGUGCUAAUGAGUUUCCUCCGGUUUGGAUAAGAGAGGGAAAUAGGAAUACUGAUUAUGCCUUACUUAUUGUUAUUUUGCUGUAGGCAGUACGUCAGCUUACAAACAUUCAUCAGCAGAUGGCCGAAAUUCUUAUGCAGAAAUAUGGGGUAAGUUCUUUCUUUUAGUUGUUACUGUGUUGAAGCGUAAAGCGGCCUUCGAUUGAGGUCCAUUUCUUAGGUUAAGAAUUGUGUAAAGUUAAAGAUACUCAUCUUACGCCGGAAAGCCGUAACCGUACUAAAACUGACAAACCUGAGGCGGACAGUGCGCUCACUUUACUACAACCCCCCCCCCUCCUCCCCCCCUUUCUCUUUCUCUCUAUUAGUGCUUAUUUGAGUCUGGGCUCUUAAUCCUUUUUCCUAUCCAAAGGUUUAGCACCAGUUAUUCGAGGUUGACCGCUUACACUUGUUUGCUCCCUGAAAAAACACCUGAUAUUGCUUUUAUCCUAUCACAUCAGUCCUUAAGAGAGUGCAACGAUGGCGGAUAUCUUGAAUGAGAUCUAUUAGGAUCCUUCGUAAUUUAUUCAGUUCUUAACCUAAGAAGGCUAGGGAUACCCUUUGUAACUAUGAAUUGUGUAAUUUCAGCAAUCUGCUCGAUGUAUAACAGAUGAUGGUAGUUAUUAUCCUUCGAUGGACAAACCAGAGCAGGCACUAGACUUUGUACAAGACGCUGUGUCAAGCUGUGGUUACAGCCUUGGUACUGACAUUCACAUCGCCCUUAACUGCGCAGCCUCAGAAUUCUAUGACCAGGUAAGCUUCCUAACCUUUUCGUCCUUAUGGACCUGCAUCUUCCAUAACUCUUGAUACCCUUUAGGUCGCUUGACGAACGUAUCACUUGCACCAAGUUGACCUCUUUUUUUAUCAGUAAGACGGUUCAAGAUUCGCCAGUGAUCCUAAAGCAUUAGAAGAAAGCUUUUAUGUGGUCGCGACCGAGCGAGCGACGUAGUCGCGUGUGCUCGUUUUGUCCCGUUUGCCGAAUUUAAAUUAAGUUUCCCACCAAAUCAAGGUCAGGAGGCGAUGCUUUGUCGGUCAUGUGACAUUUUCAUUUGCGUCGUUGACUGUGAUUGGCUGCAGCUAUAAUUUAUUCAGCGAUCCGUUUUUGGUUGAUAACGGCUGCAAGCGAGAAAAAGAGCCCUUCUUUGUGUCAAAACAAAGCCGUGCGACACACAAAGGACUUAAUGAAAGGCUAUUUGGACCAAAGCUGUAAUUAAAAAAUGAAAUGUUUCGACAUGAGUGGCUGUUUGUUUUAGCCUUUACAAACUGCCUGAACUUGAGUGUUCAGGCAUUACUAACCUCCUAAGACCAAAAAAAAAGAAACGACCGUUUGGUUCCGAUAACUUUUCCGACCAACACUUCAGCGUAAAAGACGAGAUUUAAAGAGGGGAGGUGUAGGUCAUAACCCACCAACCAGACCCUAGUUCAUGAAAAAAUUCAUCAAGCUAGUAAAGUUAGACCCCAUGCCAAUUCAGUUUCCGUUCAUUAUUUAUAAGUCGUGCAACAAACACCGCGCAAUACAUAGGCUUUCUGGUGUUGAGCCUAAUUGUAAGGGUUUCUUUGUCUUGAAUUGCUAUCGGGAUUUCAAGAUUUGGGUCCUUCUGCUGGAAAAGUUAAGUAAAUGUACGUUCGUAGGAAGUUUCGACGGCCGAAUUUAGCAUCCUGUUAUAUAUGAACUCUCUUGGUUUUACAGGAGAAGCAGAAAUAUGAGAUAAUGGCUAAUACUUUCAAGAGUCUCGAUGACGUUAUUAACUUGUUCUGUGAGCUCCAUGACAGAUAUCCUGGUAUUAUUGCCAUUGUGGACGGAGUCCGCAGUCCGGUAAGUAGCCUGCAAACCACCUCAGUCUCUAGUUUGGAACCUGUGCGGCUUCUCGUCUCUCCCUUUCGGGGGCGGAAUCCCAGGUAGAGAGGGUACUCCGCCACCUUUUUGUGUGUGUGGAUGUACGUGCGUGGAGAUCAACAAUUCGCUAUGUCAAUCCGAUGUAAAAGCAACUUUGAUUUAUUUUUCCAGUACGUUUCAUUGGAUGGUUUAACGUAUUAGCGCUUUAGAGUUUUUAAACAAGGUUAGAAAAACGUAACCAUACGUGAAAUGGACUUUUGAGAAUUGCAUAUAUGUUGCAGUAUAAAUAUAUAUGACAUAAAUGCUAUAACCUACAUUUAAAGCUUGCUAUUGAACAGGAUUCAUUCGAUAGGGUACACGUAAAGGAGAUAAAUGAAAAUCCUUAUUUCUACCCUCCCUGUUAUGUUUCUGUUCCCCUUGGCCUCUCUAUUAAAUAUUUUCGCAAUUCUCAAUAUACGUUCAUGAAAUUUUCACUGAUAGGACAAAGAAGGCUGGAAAAAGCUCAAUCAGCGAAUUGGAGAAAAGUGUUUUAUAGUUGGCAACGACUUGUUCAGGAAACACGCCAGCGUGUUAGAGUAUGCAAUGACAGAGAAGCUUAGCAGUGUUGCUGUUCUCAGUUCGGACCAAACCAAUACCAUCACAGGCCUCGCAAAAAUGGCGAAGACCGUCGCAGGUUUGUUCGAAUCUGAAAUUUCGUGUAAGAUUAUUUAUUUGAUGUAUUAAAAUCGUGAGACAAAUGUGGUCAGUAUUCAUCAUGUCGCAAGUUACACCGUCAGCGAAUUUUUCCUUGUAAACUCUCCGGACGAGGUACUCUCUAUAAUGGCCUAUACGGGGAGGCUCUGCCCCAAAAGGGCGGAGACUCUAUGCAUAUGAAAGGGUAGGGAAACUUAAAAGGCUCACAGACACAUCUUGUGGAUGUGAAAAAGACACUAAAACAUCCUGGUUCAGCAAUUUAUUCAUAUUGAAAAGAAGGUGCAUUUAGAGCAGUUAAAAGGGAUGCAGUGUUCUGAACUAGUUAUGUUAUAGGGGUACCAUUUUUGAGGGCCACUAGUUCAUCAGUGUUUACUGUCAUGUGUUACCCUCAUUAAAUACCCUCAUUACCUACCUAUACUACCUGCCUACCUACCUACCAUUAGUCAGUAGAGGGUAAACGAAAAGGGCACAGGCCGUUUCUUUCUGUCAACAAAGGUGUAUAAAAGGGUAAGGGUUUGGAGCUCGGGACGGAGUCUCGCCCAACUUUGUUGAGUUCCCCUUCGGGUUGACUGUGUAAUCCUAAUCAGUUGAGCGAAAAUGUAGCCUGAGUUCAGGAACCUGCACAUCUCAUUUUUGUGAGGGGAGGAGGUGGAUGUACACGAGCUAGGGAGCAAAACCAUUGCCACGAACGAUUCCAUGACGACCAACCGUAAAAUGCGCUUGUGAUUGGUUAAUUAAUAGGCUGAUUUAGUAACAGAACGAGAACGUCAGUUGACGACGGUGCGCGCAAACCAAACUACAGGCUUGACCAAUGGCAGAGCAGCAAAUUGGGUACCGGAAGUCGAGUUCAGUCCUGUCCGCGCGCUUUCCCCUCGGCAACUGACGUUUCCGUUCUGUUGCUAAAUCAGCCUAAUACCCUGUCAGUCAAUCAAACUGCACGAAACGCAAAACUGUACACCACAUGGUUUUGAUUUAUAAUUCUUAUCCUUUCUGUUGCUCGCCCGUUUCGACAUUGUUGUUCCUUCCUACGGUAUUCAGACGCGUUUCGUAUUUGCGCCUCAUAUAUGGCCUGAUCGGACCGUCUCUUCGUAGCGCAGUGACGAGAACUCCGGACUAGUGUCCGCUUGAGAUGUGGUGAAUAUCAUAUAUCUUCAUAACUAACAACAUGACGAUCAAUAACAUCGCGACUUAAUCGAGCAAUCAGGUCAAUAACCAGAGUUUGAUACCAUCAACUGGACAACUCACAUUGAAUCCGAAGAUGACUACCGCAAAGGUUGUCGAAAUGUCAGUCGCUGUCAACAACAGUCCUACUCAGCACUACGUUCAACGCAGACGAUCAUACUCAACCUACUUAUGAAAUGACCCCUGGCUUCAAACCUUUCACCGUGUUCAUUUCAGUGCCCAGUUUUCAUUAUCCUAAAUCGUGUUUAUUACAAACGCAAGCAGCAAAACUCACUUCAUAAUUUUCCUCCAAUUUUCUAGACUUUAACUCAUUUCGAAGUGAACUGCCUUUUCUCCUUUACAACCUACAAUGUCGCUUAUAUGGGGCUGCCAGCUGCCUUUUUUCCAGUAGCUUUGAUGAAGUAACAGGUUUUUUUGUUGUUCUAUAGAUCAGGGAGGGCUACUUGCGCUGAAAGAUGGUCCAUGUUCGGAUCCUUCUUCCAUUCUUGUGGAUCUGGUAAGUUUUUCUUUCUUUUUGAUCCCAAUGACAAAGAGCAAUUUGGGGUUAACUUGCGAACAAAUAGCCCUUUGCCUUAAGCGUGAUGAUUAAGUAAUGAUCCAGGUAAGAAGGAAAGCAAUUUCUAUUGUUGUGGCGCAAUACGCUUUCCUCACAUAGAAAUGUUUUCAUUUUUACGCAGAGAGUGCAUAAAUCUACAAAAAGGCUGUUUACGAAAGAAAAUGUAUUUAAACUCCACUUUUAAAGGGUGUAUUUUUGUGUUAAAACAUUUCGACCAAUCACAAGAGUUGCAAACAAUGGCCAAGAAAUGUUCACAAUUUUACAUGAUCCGCACAUACGAUUUCUGUGUUACUUAGACUCAGACGAGAUUUUGUUAUAAGGAAGUUGGAUAGAAAAAAAAGGAUUGAUGUACAUGCUGCUUUGCGAAGAUUUCGUAAAAUUUGAUGUUUAAACCAAUCAGAACCUUAGUAGAGACAAUAGUAAAGUUAGCACCUUUUUGCAUUCCGACGUGUUCACUGCGUUUUGGUCCUUUCCUUCUUAUCUGGACCAUUACUUAAUCUAUUAUACGUGCAAUGCGCAACUAGUUUAAGACCACUUUAAGUAUUUCAUUACACGUUGUCAAUGACAAAUAAUUUAUUUUGUUGUGAUUUUAGCCUGCCCAGCAGGCGGAAAGUAGCCAAAAUUACUGCUGAGUGUUACCAUUCAAACGAUAGAUGCCGAGCCGUUAUUCCCUAGUAGUGACUUUUACCUUUCUUUGUGGCUCAAAAAGCCUAUGGAGAAUUUAAUUUAGGUAUUGGGCCACUCGUCUGUCAGUGUUUAGCCCUGUCUUCACGUGAAGGAAAGUACGAAAUUUCCCGCGUAAGAGGUAGCUUUUACAGGAAAAGGUUUGUUGAAGUUCCCUUGCAAAUCACAGUCCAACCUCGUAGUUGCUCGCACCUGGGACAGUUUGAUGGGAAAACACUUCAUCAGGUUUUUCCCGGCAAGUCGUGAAAAUGUUGUUACCCUCCCCAGACUUUUACUAUUUUAAGUAGCAAGCAGGUAGAUACUGAGAACAAGUCUGAUCGAACCUCAUCUCCAAGGUCGCUCCUCUUCCCUCCCUGAAGAGAUCUUUGUAAUAAGGUGAUUACAAAAUCAGGGUCUAGGGCAGGGGUUAUUCUCAGGUACGGUAUUGGACCAAAAUAAAAACGUUGGUGGGAUACGGGAUUUGACCAAAACAGAGUGCGUGAUUUGAGAAAACGUUGGCGAGAUGUGUUAGUUGACUGCUACCCGAGUAGCGGGAUUCGCCAAAAUUUGGGACGGAAUGCGGCAUUGGGAAAGAAAACGGAAUGUGAGAUGUCGAUGACCGAAGUUCGGGAUGCGGGAUUCUCGUGAAAGAGGAGCGGGAUUGCGGGAUGAGGAACUCCCUUUCCCGACCCUGAACUCUGGCGUGAAAUUAUCGGUCCCACCAAGUGUUCUGUUCUGUCAUGAAAGGCAUGGGGUCAUUUGGCGGUGCUUGUGGUAUAUUCAUUCCAGUAACCUCCCUAAUCCACUGCAGCUGAUUCACUAUUCUUGUGUACACUCCAUACUUGUAUGGCACACCACACCCUGUUUGACCAAAAGACGCCACUCCAGUAAGAUACCAUCUUUCCCCUGUUCCUUGGCACAUCAAAGGUCCUGUGAAGAGUCAGUCAGUCGUGUGUUAUUGUAAGGCCUCUUUUUUACCAGUCACUUUCAAUCCGAAGCUACUUUACGGUUUGUUGUUCAAUCGUGUAACAGGGGAGUUGGUUGAUCUUUGAGCCGCCUCUCUCAACUUUGCAUUUUCAACAAAUAGACAGCAGUUUUCAACUGGUUAUUUAAUCAAUAGAUUCAGUCUUGCUGUGUGUUCGUUCAGUAAUGGAUCACAUAUGAGGUCACUAUUUGGCAAAAACUAUGAUCCAUAAGAGUAAACACAAAAUUUGCAGUCUAUUUUUUUAAAUAACAACAUAAACAACCACUUCAGGCUGGAAAUUAAAAUCGCUCAAGAGAGACAGAGAAAAACAAAGUGGGCAGUCGAUCGUUAAGUAAUUUCCAUGGUCUUCCAUCUCAAAAGAGACCUUUUAAGACGAGGACCACUACUAGGACGAGAUUUAAUGACUUAAAGUUUUUUUUGAGAAUUCUUAGACACCCCAGAAAGCUUCAUUUUUACCUUUUUUCGCUAGGAAAGUUAACACGGUUAUUUUUAUUGAAGGUGGUUAAGCCCUCGUCUGAUCGCAAAAUCAUAAAACUUCUAACAUUUUGUAACUUGUUUCCGUCACUACGACUUUUUCGCUAAAACUCGUAAUAGAAUGACGGCGGCUAUCACGUUUUCCCACCAAUUCACGCACGAGCACUACUUAGUUUGAGAAAAUCUCGUUCUCGUAUGUCUUAAAAGCUCAAGAUCGACGAGAAGGAAAGAAAUCAUUUAUGUGCCUUUUUCAACUAUUCGUUUCCCCCUGCCCGUGCUGUGCCUUUCAAUAGUGACCACACCCCUCGUUGGUAUCUGCCUCUUGUGAUCUGUACUUACCCCCACUGUCACCCUCACAAGUGUCCACACCCCCUUGUUUGUAGCCUGCACAUAUCAUGUCCUCAGGAAUGAUACCACUGUAUGACUUAGGCUCGUUGCAUUGCUGGUGUGAUACCAGUGGUAAAGCAGCUUCAUGCAGUAUUCUUGUGGGAGGUCCUUUGAUCUUCUCUGUUCCCCAACCCGCGAUGUAACACAGUUGACCUACAGGAAAACAGAACUUGUUAGCUGUUUGGAGAGCAAGGGUGGCGCAGUGGUGAGAGCACUCGCCAACUACCAUUGUGGCCUGGGUUCAAAUCGCAGGGUCGACACCAUAUGUGGAUGGAGUUGUUGUUGGUUUUCUUGCUUGCUCCAAGAGGUUUUUCUCCGUGCACUCCGGUUUUCCCCUCUCCUCAAAAACCACCACGUCCUAAUUCAAAUUCCAUCCGGAACGCACGGACACAUUUCGUAGGAAAACAAAUUUCAAUUUUUGUAGACUGCUACAAGUUGCAGAAUAAUUGAUGCCCUAACUUCAUUGUCCCUCAAGUGAAGGAAAUCUUUCAAAUAAAGAGAUUCUUCUCUCUCCUCCCAUUACCACCACCUUUCCCCUCAUUCAUGGUUGUCUUAGCAAGUUUUUAAUGUAGCUUUAGAAUGCGUGGAGCUUUUAUAACGGCGGGGAGUAGCCUGUUAGUAUUUCGUUCCAAAAAAAUAGAGGGACCCUUUAACAGUGUUUAAAUAAUGUCGCUAUAAUGAAAGUCUUCAUGAUUCUGGUGAUGAGUGGUUUCGCCAACGUAACGUUACUACAGUGUAUCAUUGUCAAAGGAUCUUUGCAAAAGCAAAGUAAGCCUUACCAGCCUUGAAUGGUUGUCCAUUGUCCAGACACAUGCUCCGCACUUUAGAGGUAAACUGAACUGGUCUGCUAAGUUCUAUCAAGGCAAUGUCGUGUGUGGUUAGAAUCUUUUGUCCAUUUGGCGUGGUUUCAUUCCGUAUAUCCCAUUUGGGGUGUAAAAACACCUUUUUCACUGUUAUAUCUUGCUCCUCUCCUUCCUCCUGGUCCAUGUUAUGCUCGCCAACGCGUAUCUUAAAAUAAAAAGCACUGCGUACAUUUCCUUGAAUAACUGUAGGAUUCUGGUUAACCUAAUAAUAUUAGUUUUGCGACUGUUUUGAUUUUUGUUUUAAUCAUUAUAAGUGAGCUUAAAAUCAUUCAGUUUGCAGAACAUUAUUAAUGUUCAGCAAUCUGAAUAAUUUCUAGCUCAUCUUUGUACAUUACCGCGAGUAACUAGGAUUCUGUUACUUUAAACAAAACGGUGUUUAAAUUCCUGCUACCUAAUAAUCUUAGUUUGCGACUGUUUUGGUUGUUGUUUGACGUAUUCACUAGGGAUGAGGUAACAUUCAUUCAGAUUGCAGAACAUUAUUAAUGUUCAGCAAUCUGAAUGAUUUCUAGCUUAUCUUUAGCUUAAGUCGCCUUGUAUUUUUAAAAAUCAUUUUCAUGUUCUAAUACCGAACAUCAUUCCGUUUGACCUUAAACGGUUUUACUGGAAUUACUAGUCAACAAACCCAGCUGUUGUACAAAGACGGAGAGCAUAUUUACAAUCUAAAAGACGUAUCUAGCGCUUAUUUCAAACAAAUACACUGUUAAUUAGAGAGAUCUAUUUUAGCCCUAUAAAUUGGGCUGCAUGGGUGAGAAAAAUCAAGAGAGAAUCUCUUAGUUAAAUAUAGUCCUAUUUUUGGGGUCUUACGUGGCUCCCUUAACCAGGGCCUAUACAGUCCAAUAUACCUAGGGCUAAUUUGGACCCAAGGGCUGAAAUGAGUCUCAACGUGAGCUGGAAUAGGCUUUUGCUGGGGCUGUUUUGGUGUGUAUUGUGAUGAAAAAGGCUGAAAAGGCACUUUAGGGCCGUAACAGAUCUUUUUUUAUUUUCAUUGUAAAGUAAAACAUUAGCUAAAAGUCAACCAACAGGAAAGAUCAUUGCGGAAGAAAAUGGGCAGACAUUCUGUACGUGCAGGCGGCUGUACACAGGCUACACUACUUCGGCUUCCCGUUUAAGUUUCGAAGGAGCUAUGUCAGGGCUGUCUAGUCCACUGGGUUAAUAUUGCCGCGCAACUGAACGCGUUUUUAUUCGCUAAGGAACAGUGAUUUUGUUACCUCCUUGUUUUGCGUCCCUGACGCAUAAAAUCCCCAAAGAUGCACAAAAGUUCAUCGCACGCGUCCCGUAGGACGCAAACAUCGAUCGAUCGAUCGAUCGAUCGAUCUGAAGAAGUUUUUGUAGAAUAUCCUGUGCGUGUGAUUUCUGUGGCUGUUCUUGUGGCUGUUGUUUAACGACGCAUAUUAAUUUCUUUUAUUCUUCGUUGUGCUUUACAAAAGAAUAUCUUUUAUCUGUCUGGUCACAUAAAGGCCCAAGCAUUUUCAGUUUAGGACUUACUGUUUUUUGAACUGGGACUCAGCGGUUCUGGACUGGGACUCAUGAUUUUCCACAAGAUGAGUCCUAGGACUCACCAUAACAAUUUGUAACAAAAUCACUGAAGAAACGUUACGUUAGCAAGGAAUUUACUUGUAAGUAACAAAAUCACAGCUUCAUAUAUCAAACAAAUACCUCUCCCAAAGCAUUAUAUCAAGCGUUUCAAAUGCCAAAAUUGAACUUUGAAAAACAGUAAAGCUGCAGCUUCUUUAGAUUUAGAAUCGCGUUUACGGCAAACGGCAAACUUCGAUUUGUACCACGUGACCAAGUUUUUUUCUUUUCUUGUCGUUUACUGUUCAUUUCUUCUACACAAAUACUUGCAGUUUGGCAUGCUAGUUUUAUCCACUAGAACUGCAUUGGACGCACUGUUUUAAUCCGCUCAUUUUCUAUUUUGAGAAAUUUUCAACUUGAAUCUGACGUUUGCCGUUUGCCGUAAACACGAGUCUAAGGCCCGGUUCAGACGCCGCUUCACUCAUGUGCCGAACCUAACUGAUGAAUUAAGUACGGCAAAGAGCGGCGUCUGAAUCAAUUUGGUAUGGCAGUUUUAGUUUGGUGCGGCAAAAGCGUAAAGUUCGACAGAGUCUGUCGAACUUUUGUCGAACUUAACUUAGGCUCGACACACGGUGCGUUGUCUGAAUCAGAUGUCGUGCCAGUGUCGCUCCAAAGUCGAGCUUAUUCAAUUAGGUUCGGCACAUGAAGAGUACGGCGUCUGAACCAGGCCUAAAUCUCUUAUAGCAGUUGAACGAUCUAGGUGGUCUACUGCUUUGAUUCGAAAGCGGAGAAAAUAAGACGCUGAGAUGUUACCUUCAACAUUUCUGGGUAUUUACUAGCAGGUGCAAUCAUUGGCCCAACAUUGGCGAUGGUACAGUGGGCGGCUGUGAGGACCCAGCGGUCCGAAAUAAGAGCGGCACCACAUUUGAAAUACUCUCCAAGCCCCGUUAUAAAGAUGUUUGUCAUCCAGGGCCAGCUGCCGGGUUUGGCUUCUUGGCCGCCUGUGAUCCUCUUGCUGUUGUCUUCUUCGGCCCACUUUGGUCUCCUACCACACGUAGCUAAAUAUGGAAGAAAAUAAAACAUGAAACUGAAAAAUAAAAAAUUGAAAGAUCAAUUAAAAAACUAAAUUAAGACUAAACCCAUCAAACAGUUUUUUAGUUUUCAGAAGACAGAAACCUUGUACAGUCGAAGCUCUCGUAAGCGACCACCUCGGAAAUUCGAGAAAAUGGUCGUAACUAGAGCUUACGAGAAUGAGCUCUCGUAAGCUACUGCAUGGUGAAACAAUAGGGAGCUUAAACAACUACUACGACGACGACGACUUCAAAAAACAAUAUGUUUAAUGAUCAAAACAACAGCUCUGCACGUGCAUCACACUUUUUAGUACAUUUCUUUGACGUCCACUGCACGACUACGACGUGAAACCUCAUAAUUUGACGUUUUAUGGAGGACGUGGACAUACGACGACGGAUUUUCCUUCCUCUUUUCGAACUUGAAUAAGAUCCUUAAGAAUUCAACUCCAGGAAAAGUCGCCUGCAUUUGACAUAUUGAGCGGGGCCAAAUAGACGCGAUUAAGUUUGAAAGAGCGCAAAUUCAUUUUUUCAGCGACAUUUUCACUGCCGUCGUCGUCGUCUUUGCUUAAGGUCCCUAAUAGAGGGUGGUCGCUAACAAGAGCUUCAGAAACUCAUAAAUAAUUUAUAAGGAAAACAAAAGAAAUUUCAUAAGUUUAAUGAGUGUCUUUAUAUUUGAUAUAGACACGGCUAAACUUUACGCCCAAUUAUUUAGACCAAAAUAAUCCUAAAUAUUCUAAAUAUUAGUGCAAAAUGAGAUUAUCUACACCAGAAGAUUUUGAAGCCGUUUAUUACAGCUCCUGUCUUAUCGCGUCUAAGUGGUCGCUUGCGAGAGCUUCAAAACAAAGAAAAAAUCCAGUUGGGUAAUCCCAAAAGGGUUCGCGGUUACUUAAGAGAGCUUUUCUUUACAAGUUUAGGGUGGUCGUAACUAGAGCUGGUCGCUUACUAGAGUGGUCGCAAAGAGAGCUCCGACUCUACCAGAAUAAUUUAAAGCAUAUUACAUUCCUUUAAGCCAUAGAUGUAAUUAGUGAUUUGUAGUAACACCAAAGAAAAUGAAUUUUAUCUGUUGUCAAAAUUCCUGUGAAAUUUAAAAUCUAUUUUUUUCGGGCUCCCAGAAGAAAUUGUCUUUAUUGUGUUAUUACAGAAUGAGAUAACUAAUCAUAUCUAAAGUUCUCAACGAAUGGAGUGUGCUCUGCAGGAACUCUACAGAUAAAGCAUUAGUUUGAAAUUGGUGAAUUAAUCUACGUUCUCGUUGAACUGGUACAUAUAAGACACAGGAAUUCGAUAUUUUCACGUAAAAUAAAAGAUCAGGUAUGCAUUUACGGAACAAAUGUUAUUUGCGAAAGAUGUCGAGGCACCAGUAGUUAAUUGAAUUUGUUUAAUCAUUCAUGAAAGCAGGUCGCAGGGAGAACUCGUAGUAUUUCGUGAACAAUUGGAAAAGCUUUGGUUCAUUAACCAAUGACAAAAAACGCUCAUUUUCCUUGGUUAUUCCUGUGUCCACUAAUUGCAGUUCUUCAUCAGUUACCCUUUCGGUCUCAAAAGUGACCAACAUCGAAUUUCUCCUUAUUAUUUCAUUGGUUGAUCAAGCAAGAAAGACGUGAGAAUAAAAGAAAUGAUAGUGAAACAAAUUCUCCUGAUAGUUUCUAAAGAAAUAUAUGAAGAAGUGUGAAGAGAAUAUGCAUGUUAAUAUAACUAACGGGCUUGACUAAGUUUAUUCUUACAUCGCCAACCAAGAGCAACUUCAUCCAUCUAAUCAUAUUUUUUUUUCGUUUUACGAGCGCUUAAAAAAAUCUAAACAGGACCAAUCUGUAUUUCGCAUGUAAGAGUUUUCCCUGGAAGUGUGAUCAAAUCGACGUUUAUAACGGACCAAACCAGUUUAUAAAAUAUUGUCUCUCACCUGUUGUUCUCAGACACACACAAAAGCUCGCUAAAUGACAUGUGCACAAAGUAACCACAAGAAGUUGAUGUAUGUCCAUUUUCGCAAGAGUUUUGAUGAAUCUCUUCCUUGUAAUUUUCCAGCUUAAACUCUGACUGUCCUUUGCCGAGCUGUUUUUGUCAUGUUGCUGGUGUUCGUAUACGAAUCAUGAAACAGUUAUUUUUACUCCUUACUCAUAUGUCGAGAGUCUGACCUUUUUAUUUGUUCCGUUUGUUUACUUGAAGUGCGGAUGUUGUUUACAGUUUUUCAUUGUGACAGCUACUGGUAAAAUUUUAGCCGGGCUCGGUAUGUUGUGCCGUUUUAUUCGUUUACACACUGAUAGCAAUUCAAACUCCCACAACAGCAGAAGACGUGGCUGCGAGUUCAAAAUGAACAUGUUUGGAGCACAGCAAGACGUAAUGCGCUAACCUGAAACAAGGGAAAGGCGUCUAAAAAUUAUUAUAUAACCAUGGUGAUAAAGGGCAAUUAAAAUGAGUCUCACAUACCAUAUAUCUUUCGUUAAAUCCUGAGAGCCCAGCGCGAAAGAUUUAUUGUCAUAUUUCUCGGACAAAAACUUCAUUACCUCAAGUAUGAUGGCUUUACACCACAAAUCAAUUCAUCUUAAAAAUUCUGGCAAUCACAGGAUACGCCGAACUGAAGAUCUUUGGUCUCUAAACCGCUACAGAAACAAGCGCUUCAGUUUUCAAGUCAGGGCGAAAUAAGUUUCCCGCGAAAUUUUUUUUCGCAUAGUUUUCCAGCUGACUGGCUUCUUUUGUUUGCUUUGUGACGUCAACAAAAGGCGCGUAUGCGUGCGCUCUGUUGAUUCGUCGCGUUGUAUUCAGGUUAGGUAGAUUUAUGAAAGGCAAUGUGGCAACAGUCACGACGGCGCGCUCAAACAAAUCGACGUGACCAAGGGCAAAGUGGCAAAUUGAGCACCAGAAGUUGCGUUCAGUCCUUUCCGAGCGCUUUCGCUUUCUUGUUCGAAGUUGCGUUGUUUUUUGUAAAUCUACCUAUUGUUGGACGAACUUUCGUCUGUUUUCGUCGCCGGUUUUGCAGCCCUGCGCAAUUUUUUUUAGGGUCUUUCACUCAGUCGGGAACAUGUAUGUCUUUUGUGCCUCUAUUUAAAGUUUUAGUCUCGUGUACUCAAAAACCACGCGAAUGAUCAUACAGUGAAAUCGCUACCUGUCAGACUCAUUUAUCUGAUUUUUCGUUGUUAGUAGUAUUGUAUUAUAAGCCCCUUUAGUUAUCCCUCCGCCAAUUUAAGUAGCCAAAACGUCUAUAAUAAGCGCAUCCAUAAAAAAUAAACCGUCCAUCAUCACGAAUUUUUUGGCAGUGCACCAAUAUCGUGAUUUCCCUCUAAUUAUAAACCCACGAGAUCCUGUUAAACUUCAAAACUUCCCUGUUAUAAUCUGCCCCUUGCGAAACUAAUCACCUCAAAUGGGGCCUCCAGAAAUUUUACAAUUUUUGGUUUGUUUGUUGACAUCGCUGAUUUUCUUUUUCUUCUUAUUUUAUUCCUUUGACCAGGCUGUGGCCUUUGGUGCGCGUUUCAUAAGACUAGGCGGUCCGGUCCGCGCGGAGCACGUCAGUAAAUACCGAAGAUUACAACAGAUCGAGGAGGAACUGGAACAGAGGGGCAUCCUAGCCUCACGUGAGCAGCACGUGUUUCCCGUCAUAAAUGUCGUACAGGGGGAAGAUGGGGGAGAUGAAGAAAAAUAG